GCGCGCUCAAGCGAUGCCAUGCAGGCCACAUAGGAGAGAUGAACAAAGUGCUGCAGAGGCAAAGUGUGAAAGGAAAUGUUCUCUCUCCCCUCUCUUUACCCAGUACGUCCUUUCUCUCUCUCUGUCUGUCUCUGUCUGUGUAUAUAUAGUGUCAUUAUAAGUAGCUUAGGUAGUUAUUAAUCAAUCAAUAGCAUGAGCACAAUGGCAGGUGGCUCGUUAAGGCUUCCGCACGCUUAGGUUCGGCUGGUGCACCGAACAAGUGUGCUCACUUACUCCCUUUAAAAGAGCUUCGAUGGAAAAAGUGGCAAUAGUACUGUUUGUCCAUCUUGAGACGCAGUAACCAGUAUAGUCAAUUGUCAGAAUGAUUCUAUACUGAACAAAAAUAUAAAUGCAACAUGUAAAGUGUUGGUCCGAUGUUUGUUUCAUGAGCUGAAAUAAAAGAUCCCAGAUAUUUUCCAUAAGCACAAGCUUAUUUCUCAAAUUUUGUGCACAUUUGUUUACUUGCCUAUUAGUGAGCAUUUCUCCUUUGCCAAGAUAAUCCAUCCACCUGACAGGUGUGGCAUAUCAACAAGCUGAUUAAAAAGCAUGAUCAUUACACAGGUGCACCUUGUGCUGGGGACAAUAAAAGGCCACUAAAAGGUGCAGUUUUGUCACAGAACACAAUGCCACAGAUGUCUCAAGUUUUGAGGGAGCGUGCAAUUGGCAUGCUGACUGCAGGAAUAUCCACCAGAGCUGUUGCCAGAGAAUUGAAUGUUAAUUUCUGUACCAUAAGCCCCCUCCAACGUUGUUUUAGAGAAUAUGGCAGUACGUCCAACCGGCCUCACAACAGCAGACCACGUGUGACCACGUCAGCCCAGGACCUCCACAUCUGGCUUCUUCACCUGCGGGAUUGUCUGAGACCAGCCAUCCGGACAGCUGAUGAAACUGUGUGGGUUUGCACAAACUAAGAAUUUCUGCACAAACUGUCAGAAACCGUCUCAGGGUAGCUCAUCUGUGUGCUCGUCGUCCUCACCAGGGUCUUGACCUGACUGCAGUUCAGCGUCGUAACCGAUUUCCGUGGUCAAAUGCUCACCAUCGAUGGCCACUGGCACACUGGAGAAGUGUACUCUUCACUGAUGAAUCCCGGUUUCAACUGUACUGUGCAGAUGGCAGACAGCGUGUAUGGCGUCGUGUGGGCGAGCAGUUUGCUGAUGUCAACGUUGUGAACAGAGUGCUCCAUGGUGGGGUUAUGGUAUGGGCAGGCAUAACCUACGGACAACGAACACAAUUGCAUUUUAUUGAUGGCAAUUUGAAUGCACAGAGAUACCGUGAUGUGAUCCUGAGGCCCAUUGUCGUGCCAUUCAUCUGCCGCCAUCACCUCAUGUUUCAGCAUGAUAAUGCACGGCCCCAUGUCGCAAGGAUCUGUAUACAAUUCCUGGAAGCUUAAAAUGUCCCAGUUCUUCCAUGGCCUGCAUACUCACCAGACAUGUCACCCAUUUGAGCAUGUUUGGGGUGCUCUGGACCGACGUGUACGACAGCGUGUUCCAGUUCCCACCAAUGUCCAGCAACUUCGCACAGCCAUUGACGAGGAGUGGGACAACAUUCCACAGGCCACAAUCAACAGCCUGAUCAACUCAAUGCGAAGGAAAUGUCUCGCUGCAUGAGGCAAAUGGUGGUCACACCAGAUACUGACUGGUUUUCUGAUCCACACCCCUAUCUUUUUUUUAAAGGUAUCUGUGACUAACAGAUGCAUAUCUGUAUUCCCAGUAAUGUGAAAUCCAGGGAUUAGGGCCUAAUGAAUUCAUUUCAAUUGACUGAUUUCCUUAUAUGAACUGUAACUCAGUAAAUUCUUUGAAAUUGUUGCAUGUUACGUUUAUUUUAGUUCAGUGUAAGGAACACAAGAAAUCUGUCAUUCAUUUAGAUGUUUUUGCAGAGAUCUUAGUUGCCCAAUUUUACGUCUAACUAACAUGUUUGGUGCAGUAUUUCUCAAGUGAAAAAUGUUGCAUGAAAACAAGUCAUUUAUCGUUGAAUGACAAAACACUUAAUUGAAGAAUCCCUUGACCAAUGACCGACGAAGGGGCAUAGCCUUCGGCUCUGAACUUCAGCUUGCCUCGAGGAAAAAAAUGUGUGCACAACCACCCAAAAAAAACUUGCCCAAGACCAAAAUGUCGUCAUCAUAUAUGCACAAACCGUUUGGGAUAGGAAGCGUGCAGACGCCUUUAGCCUGUGUCCUCAAAGGCCACCCUCUUAGCUACAGGCAGAUGGCUUCUGCUCGCUCCUCCUGUGGUCCAAUCAGUGUUGGCAUUAGUGUCAUGUGACAGGAUGUUUGGGAAAUUUGACCGAAACAUGAACUCGUCCAAUAAUAAAUAGUUUUCGUUGCAAAACGUUAUGCUACGGUUUGCACUAACGAGUACGAUCCAGGUCUGAAUAAAUUAUCUAAGAGAACCACUGAUUUGGUCCAUUGGGUCUAGUUGAAGCGUUUGAGCCCAGCCUGUGCUGGGUUCUCCGAUCUGGUUGUGUCCCAAAUAGCUCUAUGGGUCCGGGUGAAAAGUAGUGCACUAUGUAGGGAAUAAGGUGCCAUUUGGGAAGCAGACUGUCCUGUUUCCCUCCAGUGAGAAGUUCUGUUCUGAGUGACCUCACAUGACCUCUGAUGUUUUCUUCAUUGCCAUGGAAACGGGCCGUCUCCCAUCAGCCAGGUGGGAUAGACAUCAUUAUCCUCCCCAUCCUGUGUGCUCGCUGCUCUCCUCUCCCAGAGUUCAGCUGGUUCUCAUGGAACACUGACAACAGCACAGACGUGUGUGUGUGUGUGUGUGUGGUUUAUGUAUGGGGUGGUAGAGAGAAGCCAAGAUUGACGUGAGAGGAAGGAGGAGAGGGAGACGAGGAGAAAGAAUCACACAGGGUGUGCGUGACUGUGUGUUGUGUUGAUAUGGAAUUGUAGAGAGAAGCCAGGAUUUGUCUGAGAUUUACCAGGAUUUUCAUUUCUGUGUGUGUGCGGACCCUGGGAAUUCUAGUAUCAGGUCAUUAGCUGUGCAGAUUAAGCUAGCUCUUCCGCACACCCCACUGCGAAAGUCCUCCACUAUUUAUCCUACCCGUAGUUUGUGUUUGCUCUGUUUCCCCUGAGUGGUCUCUUCUUGGUCACAUUCCUUUUAAAUCCUCAGGGAACUGUUUUUGUCAUAUGAACACAUGCAUUUUUGUAAUGUGUUUUUGUGAUUCAAGGAAAAAUGAGUGUGCAAUUGUUUUUCUUUGAGACACUGCUCUAUUGUAUUGGGGUAUCUUGAGUGUGUGGUUAUGCUCAGUGUGUCUGUCUUUGAAGAGCUCAAUGGCUGUAAACAGUCCUUGCACUUUUGGUACUUGGGAGAUUCUCUCUUACCAUAGCACCUAGACAUUUAGCUAUAUGGGUGGUAUUAAGUAAAGGUACACUUUAGCAAAACGUUUUGCAACGGAAAGCUCCAUACUACUUGCCAGACAUAGAACUGAUACUGGUUGUGGGUGUGGGGGGUCUGUGGGUGGCUAUUGAUCAUUUUAUUGGAUUCCUCAUGUCUUACUCAUUGUUGGGAAGAAUUAUGGUCCAAAUCGGAUGUUAUGUACUAAUUUUAGAUUAUAUGAAUCCUAUAAAUUAAAAAUGGCCAAUCCUCUUUCUUGUGCUUUUUGAGGUGGAAUGGCUCUGGUCUGUUCAAAGAGCUGAGACUGGGCUCAGUAUAGAAUAGAAAUCCUCCAUUAUCCAUUAAAGAUGUACAACUUGCCUUCACUUUCUUGGUUUCCAGGCCCAAGCAAAUAUGACUAAUUUAAAACAUGCAAGAUGCGUUACACAUAUUACUCUCUUCACAUCUGUUGUAGAAUAGCUUUCACUUUCCAGAUAUGGCAAAGGCGCAUAUGGAUGGGAGUCAAAUUAUUAGCCGACACGCCAAUGGCGACAGCUAGUCCUACUGGAGUCUGACACACAACGACAUUACAGACAAAAUACAUAUGCAUUUAAAACAUUAACAUGUAGUGUGUGUUUGCAUCUAUCAGUUACACAUACAUGUCAGUAUAUACACACAAAAAGUAGUUCACCUGGGGUAGAGGUUCUUGUGCCAUAAGGUGUUGCUUUAUUUGUCUUUUGAAACCAGGUUUGCUGUUCACUUACAUGCAAUCAUGGCUCUGUAUAAUACUGUACGUUUCCUUGAAUUUGUUCUGGACCUGUGAGACGAGUUUGAAGUGAGACGAGUUAGAAGGCAAAACAGUGGCUUUGUCCCAAUAUUCUACCCCUUCAGCCUUAGUGUGCACUUGCACGCUCCCCAUCAUUGAUUUAAAUGCAUUGGAUUGGUGUAAGCAUUGGCUGGAGGGAGUUUCUACCAUUGUUAAUCCAUGAGGGGAAGUGUGCAAGUGUACGGUUUAGGAGAAGGGUGGAGAAUCGGGAUGUCACAUUGCCCAUUUUACAACGAGCCCCUAGUGAGGUUAUUGGCUAACCUUUCCUCAACCUUCAGCUACCAAGUUGCCAACACAAUAGUUACAAGACUGAUGGCAGUGGUUGGGAACUGGGUCAUUUUCAUUAGGGCACACUGUCGCAAAAAGUUUUGGAAAAGAAAAGGAAACUGAGCGUUUCCUAUUGGACAUGUCCAAGUGGUCCCUCCCUGUUUCAAUCUGUUUUCUUCUGUUUGGUGCCUAAUGAACAUGACCCUAGUGAUCGGAUGGAGAGCAGAGAGAAAUACAUUAAUAAACGAGAGAGAUGUCUGAGCAAGACCGUGCUGCUCUUAGUGUAACUGAUGUCAUCCGGAAAUGCGUGCUUGGAAACUCUGAGGUCAUUCUCAUCAUUUCUCCUCAAGUCAUUUGACCAGUUUCACACAGUCAACAUCUGGAACACUUGGCUGUGUAGCAGUUUCACUUUGUAAUGCUUUGCUUCUUUAAUACCAGUGUUCGUUAGGUGGUGUUCAUUAGGGAACACUCUGCAAAUAGCUUUUCAACAGAAAACGAGGGUUUCUUAUUGAACAAGUUCAGGUAGUCCCUCCCUGUUUUUCUGUUUUCUUACAUUUAGUGCGUAUGACCCUGGCAUACUACUGUAGUCCUAACUUCAGAGGGAGUUAUAAUGGUCAAUGUCUGAAUGUUAAAUGUUAUGCAACAGUGUGCUGUUCCCUUGCUGAAACCAUGUCACAAGGCUUUGAAUAAAGGUGAACCAGGCCAAUAAUGUCAUUGGAAAAGGUUGCAACUGCUUUGGCUAGCCUACUGUAGAUAUUUCACUUCACCUUAUGCCCCUCUUUCUCCAAAAAAGAGAUGGUGACUCGUAUCAAACAACCACCUGUAGCUUUAGUCACUCGCUGGAGGUACAUAUGAGUGUUUUACCACUCUCACACAGUCAUGGUGCGCAUUCGUUUUGUGUCUGUUUCUGUUUGUGUGUGUGUGAACACCACCUCAUGUUAAGUGUGUGUGUGUGUGUGUGUGUGUGUGUGUGAGUGGCUCAUUCUCACACACACCCUCAUUGUCUAAUACCCUGCCUCUCGGAGUCCAAACUCCCUGACUCACCCGCUGGGCUGACUGGGCUAAUCUCUUGGCUGGGGCCUGGUUUAUUGUGUGGUGAUCCUGAUUACACACUGCCAAAUGUAGUAAGGCCUGGAACCAGAUCAGCUGCCGAGCUUGACGUCCCUAUUGGUUAUAUGGGGCAUCAGAGGGCUACUCACAGGUCCAGGGUCAGCCAACAUGAACCUGUUGCAACAGAAGUGAAGAAGUUUACAGAGAGCGAGAGAGUCGAGGCCCAUAUUCAUAAAUCUUCUGAGUAGGAGUGGUAAUCUUGGAUCAGUUUGGACAUUUACAUCAUAAUGAAUAAUGGGUAGGGUAGCGCUCCUAGUCGGAGGGGUCUUUCACGCCAAAUUGGUUUGGUGCAGGUUUUUCCGAACUCUGGUGCAUUUACCCCCUUAGUUCGGUCUGAACACUAUCUGCACUCGGGAGUGCACUAAACAACUCAAAAAGGGUGGUCUCGGUCCGUUUCCAUUCGUACUGUGGUGCUGUUCGCUACAGGUGAGAACGCAGUCCCGACCAAACACAGGAAAAUAACCAGAGUCGCAUUAUUAUUGGUUGUUUGACUGCGAGCAUUUGCUGGAAAUACACCCAUCAUAACUUCAGAUCUCUGAAACAUUCUGUGAAUAGUAGCGCAUCCGAUGCAGAUUAGGGGAGAUGGGCUAUACGUGGGAUAUAGUCUACUAAAAUAUAGCCUAUUCAUGUCGCAGUUACAGCGGCUAUUGCACUGUUUCCUCCCGCAUGUUGUUGGAAGGCUAAAGUAAUAUGAAGAUUGGGACAAAAGUGAUGCUUCAUGAUAAUUAAUGGAUUUAACGUGAGCAUUUUUGUCCAAUAAACAAAUUACUUGCAUGGAUACGUGGUUUUGUUUAGGAAUUAUUGUUAGUUCGACAAUUGCCAGACCAAAUGAAAAAAAUACAAUGUUACAAAUAAUUGAACUCUGAUUCGAACUAGGGUUGGGCGGUAUCCAGAUUUUCAUACUGUCAAACCGUUAAUGUACCAUACCGAGGUAUACGGUAUUACUGAAUGUGCACACAAGGGGUGCUAUUUCAGCAACAAAAAAACGCACAAAACAAUUUAGGCAACAGGGAUCUUGAUCCAGGAGGGGAUUGAAUGUCUCUGCUGUAACCAAUAAGCUUGAUCUUGACAUUUAGCUACUUAGCUAGGAAGUUAGCAAACCAAAUGCAUAGCUGUAGCCCAGAGCUGGAUAUAAUUUAUUUGACACAUCUUAGAUUUCUUAUACUCCUGGUUAUAAGCAGUGGCAUAGCACACAGCCCCCGCGAGGCAUAUAUAUAUAUAUAUAUAUUUAUUAACGGUAUUGUAAAUCAUACCGUCUGUAUUUAGAAAUACCCCCCCGUUCAUCGUGGGAAAUUCCUGACGCUCCAUAUCCCCUAAUUCCCACCAUGUGUGCUACUUUGCCGGUGCGCUCCGGGCUGGACCACGGACAAUCCUAGUGAAGAGUGGGAUCAGCUCCCUGGUAAUGGGAUCCAUACUGCGCCCUGGGAGAGCUCCCUAGUCCCUAUGAGUGGCUGUCUAUAUAUAGGGCGACAGGUAGCCUAGCGGUUAGAGCAUUCAGCCAGUAACCAAAAGGUUGCUGAUUUGAAUCCCCAAGCUUACAAUGUGAAAAAUCUGUCUGUGCAAGGCACUUAACCCUAAUUGCUCUAGGGGCGGGAACUGGAUGGGUGUGAGCUGGCUAGGUCAAUGUAAACGGAUUAUGUAUCUUUAUGGAUUGUGUAUAGGCAGGAUAUACACUACAGGAUAUACAGUGGGGAAAAAAGUAUUUAGUCAGCCACCAAUUGUGCAAGUUCUCCCACUUAAAAAGAUGAGAGAGGCCUGCAAUUUUCAUCAUAGGUACACGUCAACUAUGACAGACAAAUUGAGAUUUUUUUUCUCCAUUAAAUCACAUUGUAGGAUUUGUAUUGCAUUUAUUUGCAAAUUAUGGUGGAAAAUAAGUAUUUGGUCACCUACAAACAAGCAAGAUUUCUGGCUCUCACAGACCUGUAACUUCUUCUUUAAGAGGCUCCUCUGUCCUCCACUCGUUACCUGUAUUAAUGGCACCUGUUUGAACUUGUUAUCAGUAUAAAAGACACCUGUCCACAACCUCAAACAGUCACACUCCAAACUCCACUAUGGCCAAGACCAAAGAGCUGUCAAAGGACACCAGAAACAAAGUUGUAGACCUGCACCAGGCUGGGAAGACUGAAUCUGCAAUAGGUAAGCAGCUGUGGGAGCAAUUAUUAGGAAAUGGAAGACAUACAAUACCACUGAUAAUCUCCCUCGAUCUGGGGCUCCACGCAAGAUCUCACCCCGUGGGGUCAAAAUGAUCACAAGAACGGUGAGCAAAAAUCCCAGAACCACACGGGGGGACCUAGUGAAUGACCUACAGAGAGCUGGGACCAAAGUAACAAAGCCUACCAUCAGUAACACACUACGCCGCCAGGGACUCAAAUCCUGCAGUGCCAGACGUGUCCCCCUGCUUAAGCCAGUACAUGUCCAGGCCCGUCUGAAGUUUGCUAGAGUGCAUUUGGAUGAUCCAGAAGAGGAUUGGGAGAAUGUCAUAUGGUCAGAUGAAACCAAAAUAUAACUUUUUGGUAAAAACUCAACUCGUCGUGUUUGGAGGACAAAGAAUGCUGAGUUGCAUCCAAAGAACACCAUACCUACUGUGAAGCAUGGGGGUGGAAACAUCAUGCUUUGGGGUUGUUUUUCUGCAAAGGGACCAGGACAACUGAUCCGUGUAAAGGAAAGAAUGAAUGGGGCCAUGUAUCGUGAGAUUUUGAGUGAAAACCUCCUUCCAUCAGCAAGGGCAUUGAAGAUGAAACGUGGCUGGGUCUUUCAGCAUGACAAUGAUCCCAAACACACCGCCCGGGCAACGAAGGAGUGGCUUCGUAAGAAGCAUUUCAAGGUCCUGGAGUGGCCUAGCCAGUCUCCAGAUCUCAACCCCAUAGAAAAUCUUUGGAGGGAAUUGAAAGUCUGUGUUGGCCAGCGACAGCCCCAAAACAUCACUGCUCUAGAGGAGAUCUGCAUGGAGGAAUGGGCCAAAAUACCAGCAACAGUGUGUGAAAACCUUGUGAAGACUUACAGAAAACGUUUGACCUGUGUCAUUGCCAACAAAGGGUAUAUAACAAAGUAUUGAGAAACUUUUGUUAUUGACCAAAUACUUAUUUUCCACCAUAAUUUGCAAAUAAAUUCAUUAAAAAUCCUACAAUGUGAUUUUCUGGAUUAAUUUUUCUCAUUUUGUCUGUCAUAGUUGACGUGUACCUAUGAUGAAAAUUACAGGCCUCUCUCAUCUUUUUAAGUGGGAGAACUUGCACAAUUGGUGGCUGACAAUACUUUUUUUCCCCACUGUACACUACCGGUCAAAAGUUUUAGAACACCUACUCAUUAAAGGGUUUUUCUUUAUUUUUACUAUUUUCUACAUUGUAGAAUAAUAGUGAAUACAUCAAAACUAUGAAAUAACACAUGGAAUCAUGUAGUAACCAGGAAAGUGUUAAACAAAUCAAAAUAUAUUUUAUAUUUGAGAUUCUUCAAAUUGCCACCCUUUGCCUUGAUGACAGCUUUGCACACUCUUGGCAUUCUCUCAACCAGCUUCAUGAGGUAGUCACCUGGAAUGCAUUUCAAUUAACAGACGAAGUACAUAUUAUGGCAAGAACAGCUCAAUUAAGCAAAGAGAAACGACAGUCCAUCAUUACUUUAAGACAUGAAGGUCAGUCAAUACGGAACAUUUCAAGAACUUUGAAUGUUUCUUAAAGUGCAGUCGCAAAAACCAUCAAGCGCUAUGAUGAAACUGGCUCUCAUGAGGACCACCACAGGAAUGGAAGACCCAGAGUUACAUCUGCUGCAGAGGAUAAGUUCAUUAGAGUUACCAGCCUCAGAAAUUGCAGCCCAAAUAAAUGCUUCACAGAGUUCAAGUCACAGACACAUCUCAACAUCAACUGUUCAGAGGAAAAUUUGUGAAUCAGCCUUCAUGGUCGAAUUACUGCAAAGAAACCACUACUAAAGGACACCAAUAAGAAGAAAUUACUUGCUUGGGCCAAGAAACACGAGCAAUGGACAUUAGACCGGUGGAAAUGUGUUAUUUGGUUCCAACCGCUGUGUCUUUGUGAGACGCGGUGCGGGUGAACGGAUUAUCUCUGCAUGUGUAGUUCCCACCGUAAAGCAUGGAGGAGGAGGUGUUAUGGUGUGGGGGUGCUUUGCUGGUGACACUGUCUGUGAUUUAUUUAGAAUUCAAGGCACACUUAACCAGCAUGGCUACCACAGCAUUCUGCAGCGAUAGAUGGCGAAUUUACCAGCUACGUCUAUCGAUAGUUGUUGCAGUGAAAUCAUAAACAUUCUAUUGAAAUAGUUACUUGCAUAGUGCAGUCUUUUGUUUAGACAUGUAGCUAGCAAGCUAACAGUACACUUUUUAACUUGAAAUGAAAACGACUUUCUGACUAUUCGAAACGUGUAAUAUCUGAAAAUGUAGCUAGCUAGACUAUCUUACCAGUAUACAUGGAUGGACGCUUCUCCCUCUCUGUUUGAAGAUGUAAUCCGGAGACAGGUGUUUUAUACAACAGUCUUCUGUGUGUUCUCUUUUCGACUCCGUCUGCAUAUUUGCAAUCAAACACCAGAAUUUUCUUCAUCUCCUUAGCUAUCAUACUCUAAUUCCACUGAUUUCAAAACUCGGUCCUCCAGAAAGUAGAGAGCAACACUUAUGCAGAUCUACUAUGUGAUAUCUUUCAAACAAGCUGCAUUAGAAAGGAUUACCUACACAUACUGACCAGCUCAUGUUAUAGACAGAAGCGUGCUACAUGGCUGACCAAUCCGAAUUUAUCUCUCGGCAUGUCCAGCCCACUCAUUAUCUCAGCCAAUCCUGGCUAGCGGGAAGGUUCCAGUCUUUUUUCCGUGGCUAAACCACGUAAUUUAACAAUUGUAUUUGUAUUUACAGAUGGCAUACACGUUUGUUAUUAAGGCACAUGAAAGUUCAAAUGUUCCACUAGGCAUUUCUGCAUUUUGAUUUUAAAAAAAAGUUUACGUUCAAAUGGCGCUCCUGUGAAGUAGCGGGGCAAGACUCUGUGUAAUGAAAUGCGUCACGAUGUAAACGGAGCAUUAGUUAGAUAAUGCAGGAGGAGCAUGAGGCAGUGUAACGAUGUCCUAACUACUGUGAAUGCAAUGUGAUCGGAGUGGUGGAGGUCACGGGUUUGGAUGUGUCACACGCACGCACAUGCACGCACGUGCACAUGCACACACACAAAUUACUGGACACACAGUCCUAGUUUCUCUCUCACUUUCCUCUGUAACAAUACUCGUUUUUAUUUUCAUCUGACAUCAUCACCUCUGCAUAGUGCCCUCUUUCCCACUUCCUGCUUCCUGCUCAGACAGGAAAUGUGAGAUUGGGGCCGGAGCAGGAAGUAUGGGUAGGAGAAGGACACACCUGUAUCCCAGGGAGAUUUGAAUAUACAGUACAAGAGGCAGUGUUUCCCCUACAUUUCGUUUUUUGGGCGGAGCGCAGAAGCCUACACCAACAUCAACACUUGUCUCAAUGGAAAUCAACAGAGACAAAAGGUGCAGCCAUAGUGGCUGUAGGGGAUAAAUACUGGCAGAGGGGAAGGGAUAGGACUGUGGAUAGUGUGAUACGUUUUUCAGGAGUUUUUCAUCCCUAUCCCAAAUAGAGGACUUGAUUCUCUAACCUUGGCUUUGGCCCUUGAAACUUAACCCCUGCGCUUAGACUCCACCCAGUGUAAGAGAUUGACAAUAAAGGUCCUGCUCUUUUGGAUCCUGGGAUCCUCUCUAGCACCUGGGAUGAUGUCACACUUGUUUACUUCCUGUGUGCUGAGAGGGAAGCGGCAGCCGCUUUGGGCGUCACGGCUGCUACUGCAGCGCCUACAGCUGUUCAUACCUACAUGUCAGCUCCAUUACAAUGUCACGGUGUUGACUGACGCGCAUAAUUGCUGGGCAGAUAUCACGCAGAGAAGGCUUGAUCACUCACUGUAAGUCAAGCUGAGUGAUAGUAUCAGAAACAGACGCUAACACAGAGGCUCUGUGUGUUUGUGUGUGUAAGUUGUUUUCAUGUCUGUGUGUAUAUUAGACACACACACACACUGUGAAAGAACCCCCCCCCCCCCCCCCCUGUGUUUUGAGUGGGAGCCACAUGCUUCGUGUGGACAGUCCGUCUGCACAGUUGUUCUACAAAGGGACAGCUGAGGCCAGCUGGGAUAGCCAAGGCUAGAGUGUGUGUACUCGGAGGCAAACAAACACCAACCGUGUGGCCAUGUUCACCACACAACGAGUCAGCAUUUUUCACACCAGGCUAAUGGUCCAUCUAUGUGAUUCAUUUGAAUCAUGUUGAACAGAAUGUGUAACAUAUGAGUCAGCAUUAAAAACAAAAAUGUAUAUCUUUUUUGGGACUUUAUUGAACAGAUAGAGAUGGAGGAAGACCCUGGGGAAAGAUACAGAGGUUGUGUCAAAGGGCAGUAGGCCGGAUUCAAACCUAUCCCAACACUGUAGACGUGUGAUAGAGGUUGUGGCACAACCGCUAGACCAGCCAGGCCAAGAGUCAGCAUGUUUUACAUGAGCCUAAUGUUCCAUCUAUAUGAUUCAUUUGAAUCAUGUUUAACAUAUGAGUCGGCAUUCUUUCUGGACAUGAGACAUAUUUGGUUGUGAUUCAUCUGCAUCAGUCUGAAUCACCGUACGGGACAAGCCUGUAGUGGUGGUGAUUUGUGAAUCGUAAUGCGAGUCAGGGUUUUGAUUAGCUUUGUAGUUUGGUCUGUGACUCAAUGUGAGUGUCUGCCUGUGGAAAGUUCAUUGCUCCUCAUUUAUGUGUGUGUGUUUGUCACAUAAGCUGCCAUAGUGCGUGUGUUAGCUUCUUAGCUUGAUGCAAUUGCUCAGCCCAGUGUGUCUUUCUAAGAGUGCUCCACACCCAGGCAUGCUCUGAAGCUAAUCCCUGUGACGUUGAGAUUGAUCUCUCGCUCUGUGUGUGUGUACAGCGACGCAGUCCAUGUGAUUUCUCUACAGCACUAUGAGAACAAGCACCAUCGAUCCAUUGGUCCCAUUUUUCACUCAGUAAUGGCCCUUGCCAUGGGACCAUUAUCCGUAGGUCCCAUCUUUUUUUGUCUCCACUUUAAAACACAAAUAGAUGGUGAAUCAAAUCUGAUAGAUAUUUUUUCUCCUGUUCUCUCUUCUCUCCAGGACAUAAAAGCUUGGUCCUGACUGUUGCGUUGGCUUCAUUUGACCUUUUAACCUGAGCGGGACAAAGGGGAGAGACACCAGAGGUAAGAUACACUUUUAACACCUUCCUUUAGCCUGAUGUUUAGUCAGUUACCAGCCACCACUACAUAGCUAGGUGGUCGUAGAUGUUAGUUGACGACAAUAGGACUUGGCAAGACGGCACAAACCAAUCUGGAACUACCAGGCUAGCCAGUACAUUGGCUCCCAUUCCUAUUCUUUCAAUAGAGACUUUCUGACCCCUGUAGUUAUUGUAUAAUAAUAUGGACAUUUUAGAAGAUCGAACCCACAACCCUGGUGUUGCCAACACCAUGCUCUAACUCAGUGAGCCAUUGGAACCAGUCAUGGACUCUUCUGACAGAAUCUCCACAGUGAAAGAGAGGCUCUUGCUCAUAGAAAUAUAAUUACUAGAAUGGCCAUUCCCAUUCAAGUCAAUGCUCUGUUAUUCUAUUUCAAUGCGUGGUGUCUGUUUUUCUGUAAGUUGAAGAGGAGAUCCAGGAAAGACAGAGGACAGGCAGGGGAGGGAGUUGGGAGAGAGGGGCUGCGUUUCAUCCCAGGAACAUGUUCCCUCCCUUCUGCCUUCAUUCACUCGCCUUCACAGAUCUGAUAGGACUGUAUAUGUGAAAGCAAUAUGGUGGAAACUGGGUGGAGCUGUUGCUUUACACCCACCCAGUUUUCUCAUAUCCAUGAAGGGGAGUGAACGAGGGCAGAAAGGAGGGAACAUCUUCCUGGAAUUAAACGCAGCCAGGGGGGCCCAGGCGAGAAGCCUCCCUGAGCUAGCCUCGUAAAUCGGGUCCAAAUGAAAAAGGAGUUAAGGCGAGGAUCUUGUCUUUGGGUCGGGGAUAAUUCCAGGCUAAAGUGGAACCAUGUGAAGGGGUGGACUGGAAUGAUGUCUGGAUGUGUCCCAAAUGUCACCCUACUCCCUACAUAGUGCACUACUUUUGACCAGGGCCAAAGUAGUGCGCUAUGUAGGGAAUAGGGUGCCAUUUGGGACUUAGUCUCUGUGUGGCUGCCUAGUGGGUGUAGUGAAGAAGUUUGCUCCCCCGCACCGGCCUGUUUCGGGAAGGGGAGAAGUACUGUUAAAGUGAAUUGUCACGCAUGCUCUGAGAGUUUGUGUGUCCUGCGCAGUCUUGUGUCCCCCUCCACCACCACUGUGGAGAACUUGCUCUCUCGUGUCUCCUGGCUCUCACACUGUCCUCAUGGCGGUGUGUGUCUCCCAAUCCUGGUCCUCGAGGGGGACCCAUAGGGGUGCAAGUAUUUGUUCUAGCCCAGCACUAACACACCCGACCCAACUAAUCAUUGAGCCUUUCAUAAGUCGAAUCAGGUGUGUUAGUGCUGGACUAGAACAAAAACGUGCACCCCUCUGGGUCCCCAAGAACCAAGAGGUAGGAAAGCAGUGUGGUGUAGCAGUAGUGCUGCAGUCUACCAAGCACAUUUUGUCCAGGAGCAACAUGGAAUCCAAUCCUACCCCAAACACGUUCUCACAUUCUUCCUUCUACAACUGUAGCCUACAUCUACAUUCCUAACUGUCUAAAUAAAGAGGAAAAAUACAUCAGUAGGAUGGGAAAAUAGUAGGUAGGAAAGUAUGUGUGACAAAUAGGGGUGAGGGGAAGGAUAGUCAUGUGCCAUGUCAGUGUAUUUAGAGACCUAUACUAAUUCCUUGAGGAUGAGAUGCUUUCACUGUGGGGAUGAGGGUAGACUCGCAGAGCGUCACACACAAGCAACCUUCUGAAGUGGACCUUUUUAUAGUAAACAAAACAUACAGUACCAGCCCCACUCUGCCCUGUCACUCAGGGUGCGGGUGGGUGUGUGUGUGUGCUCGAGUGCACACAUCUGAGCAUAGCACAGCACACACUCAAUCUACACAGCAGUUUUGUUAGGGAAGAAGCACUCGUGAUCGUCGUGUGUUUUAUCUAGGCAGGCUAAUUAGCUGGGGUGUGUUUGGGUGUUUAUAAGUGGGACGGUGGCCUGUAAUUUACACCAACUAACCCCUUUUCCAGUUUCCUCUAAGGUUAUAUGGGAUGUAGGGUGAAGUUGCACCUAGACGCUGAUCUUGGAUCAGUUUAGCAUUUCCCCCACUAAUGGUUAAGGUUAGGAUUGGGGAGGGGACGUUUGGGGUGAAGUGUAUCACUAUAGACAGACAUAUACUACUAACUGGCAGGAUGCUAUUGUUUCUAUGGUCUCCAUGGAGAUGAUACAAAACACAUGAAUUGUGCGCUAUCAAAGGGUGUGUUUGCAUGUGUACAUGUGUGCGUGACUUUGACUGUGUGUGUGUGUCUGUCCUUUAAAAGCUAACAAUCCCCUUUGGUGGUGAGGGAAUCUGACUCUUGAAGAUGGAGAGUAAGCCCUCGGGAGCUGAAAAUAAACUAGCGGGGAACAGUAUAGUUGUUUGCGUGUAUAUAUGGGUACGUCCCAAAUUCCAUGUGUAUGUUGUGGGGGGGGGGGUGUUGUACACCCUUCAGGGGCAGGCUGGCAUUCCUGAAUAUUAUGGAACGCCAGAGAUGGAAGGUGUGGAGUGGUCGUAACGCCGGAGGUAGCGUGGCGGACGUGAGGUGGCACUGCUGAUGGACAGACAGACGAAUGGACAGUGACACACUACCGACAGUUGCUAGAGUCAGGAGGCCUAACAAGCCAAGACUGUGUGUUUGCGUGUGUGCAAUGUGCCAGUUACCAAUAACGAAUUCCCAGCCAGCUGACAGAGGUCAAGAGGUCAGGGGCUCGCUGGAGCAGCUGGCAGGAGCUGGGGCUGCUUGGAUUAAUGAGGACAUUCUCAGCUGUUCUGGGAUCUGUGGUGUCGGUCUGUCUGCCUAUAAAGAGACACUGAGCCCAUGUGCACAGGUCAGGUGUGGAUUGGACAGCUCUAUACCCACUGUGCUCUUUGUUCCCAAACAGGUGUGUGUUACGCACAAGAUGUCUACUAUAGACACACCACGGUUAGACACUGAUACUGAAAUACUAGGAUAGCUAGUAAAAGAGACCGAAUAGUACAAUUAUAAACGUACAGCAACAUUGUUAUUGAGCCGACAUGCUAGCUGCCAAGCUAGUGUUACUCUGCAAGGAGAUUGAGGACUUUUAACACAUUCAUGGGUUAUUUCUGUGCUGGGUGACUGUACUUCCAUUGUGUGACUGUUUUUUUACCCUAGUGAGUAGUCUCUUUCUCUGUCUAAAUUGGCUUAGCGAUGAUUGCCCAAUAUGAAAAUCAAACCCAGCAAAGAUAUUUGCCCACGAUGAACAAACUGAUGGUUGUUAUGAGCCUGGAAACAAUGUUACUCAUUACCCAAGGAUAUUAAUGAUAAACCUUCUGAUAUCAGAUAGUCUAUGGUUACAUAGCUAGUGGUUAUCAUCAUACAUAAAUGCCUAUUUAUUCCUGCAGCAUACAUUGCCAUAGUAAUUAGCAUUUUCAAAGACCAUGCACAACGGAAAUUAAUUAUAGAAUAUAUGCCAUUUAGCGGAGCUAUAUAAUAGCUCAGUGAUUUGGAAAGGCACACGCCUGUCUAUAUAGUUGAAGUGCAUGUCAGAGCAAAAACCAAGCCAUGAGGUCGAAGGAAUUGUCCGUAGAGCUCCCGAGACAGGAUUGUGUCGGCACAGAUCUGGGGAAGGGUACCAAAAAAUGUCUGCAGUAUUGAAGGUUCCCAAGAACACAGCGGCCUCCAUCAUUCUUAAAUGGAAGAAGUUUGGAACCACCAAGACUCUUCCUAGAGCUGGCCACCCGGCCAAACUGAGCAAUCGGGGGAGGGCCUUGGUCAGAGAGGUGACCAAGAACCUGACAGAGCUCCAGAGUUCCUCUGUGGAGAUGGGAGAACCUCCCAGAAGGACAACCAUCUCUGCAGCACUCAAUCAAUCAGGCUUUUAUGGUAGAGUGGCCAGAUGGAAGCCAAUCCUCAGUAAAAGGCACAUGACAGCCCACUUGGAGUUGGUCAACAGGCACCUAAAGAACUCUCAGAGCAGGAGAAACAAGAUUCUCUGGUCUGAUGAUUGAACUCUUUCGCCUGAAUGCCAAGCGUCAUGUCUGGAGGAAACCUGGCAUCAUCCCUACGGUGAAGUAUAGUGGUGGCAGCAUCAUGCUGUGGGGAUGUUUUUCAGUGGCAGGGACUGGGAGACUAAUCAGGAUCGAGGGAAAGAUAAACGGAGCAAAGUACAGAGAUCCUUGAUGAAAACCUGCUCCAGAGCGCUAAAGAACUCAGACUGGGGCAACGGUUCACUUUCCAACAGGACAACGACCCUAAGCACACAGGACAAGUCUCUGAAUGUCCUUGAGUGGCCCAGGCAGAGCCCGGACUUGAACCCGAUCAAACAUCUCUGGAGAGACCUGAAAAUAGCUGUGCAGUGACACUCCCCAUACAACCUGACAGAGCUUGAGAGGAUCUGCAGAGAAGAAUAGGAGAAACUCCCCAAAUACAGGUGUGCCAAGCUAAUAGCGUCAUACCCAAGAAGACUCAAGGCUGUAAUCGCUGGCAAAGGUGCUUCAACAAAGUACAGAGUAAAGGGUCUGAAUACAUUUGCAAAAAAAUCAAAAAACCUGUUUUUGCUUUGUCAUUAUGGGGUAUUGUGUGUCAAUUUGAUGAUGGGGAAAAAACAAUUGAAUCAAUUUUAGAACAAGGCUGUAACGUAACAAAAUGUGGAAGAAGUCAAGGGGUCUGAAUACUUUCCGAAUGCACUGUAUUUGGCCUUGUGUUUUAGGUUGUCCUGCUGAAAGGUGAAUUUGUCUCCCAGUGUCUGUUGGAAAGCAGACUGAACCAGGUUUUCCUCUAGGAUUUUGCCUGUUUUUAGCUCUAUUCCAUUUCUUUUUAUCCCAAAAAACUCCCUAGUCCUUGCUGAUGACGUGCAUACCCAUAACAUGAUGCAGCCACCACCAAUCUUGAAAAUAUGAAGUGGUACUCAGUGAUGUUGGAUUUGCCCCAAACAUAACGCUUUUUGUUCAUAUCUUCGCCACAAUUUUUGCAGUAUUACUUUAGUGCCUUGUUGCAAACAGGAUACAUUCUUAACAGGCUUCCUUCUUUUUCCUCUGUCAAUUAGGUUAGUAUUGUGGAGUAACUACAAUGUUGUUGAUCCAUCCUCAGUUAUCUCAUAUCACAGCCAUUAAAGUCUUUAAAAUCUUUAAAAUCAUCAUUGGCCUCAUGGUGAAAUCCCUGAGCUAUUUCCUUCCUCUCAGGCAACUGAUUUAGGAAGAGCGCCUAUAUCUUUGUAGUUACUGGGUGUAUUGAUACACCUUCUAAAUUGUAAAAUUUUAAAUAAUAAUGGCUAUUAAUAAUAAUACCCAUCUACGAAUAGGUGCCUUCUUUACGGUCCAUAUGAAAACCUCCCCGAUCUUUGUGGUUGAAUCUGUUUUUGAAAUUCACUGUUCCGCUAAGGGACCUUACAAUUAUCUGUAUGUUUUUAUUUUAUUUCAUUUUAUUUAACCUUUAUUUAACCAGGUAAGCCAGUUGAGAACAAGUUCUCAUUUACAACUGCGACCUGGCCAAGAUAAAGCAAAGCAGUGCGAUUUUAAAAACAACAACACGUGUGGGGUACAGAGAUGGAGUAGUCAUUUAAAAAUCAUUUAAACACUAUUAUUGCACACAGAGUGAGUCCAUGCAACUUAUUAUGUGACUUGUUAAGCAAAUGUUUACUCCUGAACUUAUUUAGGCUUGCCAUAACACAAUUAUUGAAUACUUACUGACUCUUUAUUGAUUUAAACAUUUUUUAUUUGUAAACAUUUGUUAAUGUCAACGUGUAAUUAUGUUUUAUCGGGUAUUGUAGAUCGAUUAGUGACACAAUCUUAAUUUAACCUAUUUUAAAUUCAGGCUGUAACACAGCAAAAUGUGGAAAAGGUCCAGUAGUGUGAAUACUUUCUGAGGGCACUGUAUUUGCAUAGUUAGGUGGCUGCUAUGGGGGUAGGGCUGUUGGUAGGGCUGUUGCUGUUACUAUGGAGAAACCUGCUGACUGCUGCACACACCAGCUGACUUCUAGCUGCUGCCUUUGGGUGGGAACAUAUCAGCUGAUCAGCUCCUCGCUCUCUCUCCCUUUCGUUCUUUCUUUCUUUUCCCGUCUCCCUCUGUCUUUGUCUUGCUUUCUUUCUCCCUUCAUACAUCUCUCUCCUUCUCUCUCUCCUCUUUUUUUUAUCUCUGUUAGUAUGUUUUCUCUCUCUCUCUUCUCUCUCUCCCCUCCUGUUAAAUUGGCUGUGUAUGCCAGAGUCACUGUGUGUGAUCCUCUCCUCCUAUACUCUUUCUAUUCUCCUCUCCUCCUCUUUUCCUCUGCCUGCUGGCUGUCAGUCGUGCUUGACUGAUGCUGUUUUGUCAGUCUCUGACCCUCCCCCUACUCAUAUUCUAAUUGUCUAUUCCCUCCCCCAUCAUCUCACCAUCUCUCCAUUGCUGUCCUCCUCUCUCCCACUCCCCCAUCUUUCCCUUUAUCUGCCUAUUGUAGGAAGUGUUUUGUUCUUGCUUCCUUUACUGGUACAAAGAUGGCAUAAUAUAUCUGGAUUAGAACUCUGCUUCAUUUGAUGCAUUUUGUUGAUAUAUUAAGGCUGUAUGUCAUUUGUGCGGUUUUCCCAUUGAUAUUACCAGGGGAUGUUGAUAUAUGGUGUUAGUCGACGCAAGGUCAAUAAUAAACACUUGUUUUGUAUUUUUCUGUUGAAAAACGUUGAAAAAGCUUUGCUACGGUAUGUCCUAAUGAACAUGACCUUGGCCCUGGAGUAAGUUCCUCUCGAUUUACUCUCCCUUCUUCCGAUGUCCCACAUAGCUUUGAGAGCCAGGGAUCACAGAGCACAAAGGGUCCAGGGCCUGUGUUCAUAAAGUGUCUCAGACUAGGAGUCCUGAUCUAGGAUUAGGUCCUCCCUGUACAUGUCAUCUUAUUCAUUAUCAUCUAAAAGGAAAAACUGAUCUUAGAUCAGCAUUCCGCCGAGACACUUUUUGAAUACGGGCCCAGGAGUGAUCCACACCCACAUUUAUUUUAGGCUGUUGCCGUGUUCUUGUCAAUGGAACUCUUUCAUAGCCAGUGUGGAGACGAUUUUCUCAUUUUCGCACACUAUAUGGUGUGUAUGUAGCCUACUAGCCGUAUACAGUAGUCUUACAGUUAUGAACUGAUGACGUUCUCAGGCUAUGUUUAAUGAUCUCUUAGCCCCUCCAGCACUGUGCAAAUGGGCCCCUUUUCAUUGGCUGUCUGAGCAUGGUGGAUGAGGCCUGUUUGACUAGAGGGGAUUAGGGAGAGUGGGCGAGGAAAGGGGAAGAAAGAGGGGAUAGAGAGGGGUGAAAAAAGAAAAUGAGCACUGCUCUGGACACAGCCAUAACCCCACCCCCGCCUACAAUUUGGGAGAGUCCAGCCACACCCUUAGCCAUGUUCCUCUCCAGAACAGGACCUAGGACCAGGGUUGACUCACCCACAGGAACGGUGGGGGUUAUUGUGACAUGGGGGGGGUACGAGGGGUGUCGAUAGCUGUUGAUGCAGACUUUCUAAAUUUAGCCACAGUGUUAAAUGUUAUAGACUAGACUCGUGUGCAUGUAUUCAUGGUAAGGAAAAACGAACCACUCAUCUAUAGCAGUCUUAGUUUGAGAUGCGCGCACACACACUUCCCAGGGGACAAUUAGCGGUGCUGGGAAUAUGGGACCCACUCUGUAAUCGGCCAUUACCACACACACUGGUGUGUUAUUCGUAACCCAGCAGGCUUCCCUAAAUGUUUUAUUUGUUCUUGGUGUUAAUUUUUGGUCCACCCCCUCAGGAGAAUACAGUUGAGCCCUACCAAACUCACAGGAAUGCCCCCCUCUUUUUUCAUCUACCUCUCCAGAAUGGCAUAGUGGGGUUAAAGGGGAAAUUCAGCAUUUUACAACUUAAUGUAAGACAACUUAAUAUUAGACGGUUACUCACCCUGUAUGGUAGAGCAUGGCACUUUCAACACCAGGAUUGUGGGUUUAAUUCCAGGGGCCACCCGUAAGUAAAAUGUAUGUAUGCAUGACUGUAAGUCUUUUAGGAUAAAGUGUUUUCUAAUUGCCAUUUAUUAUUAUGAACUUUCCCUGUAGCUGAUUUUCCCAAAAUGUUACCAUUGUUGUAAUGAGAGCAUAUUUCUCCUUUUGCGAAUUCAUUCAUCAUGAUACAAUGUGAUGUUGAUGUAUUUUUGGACAUCUACAUUGGGGUCAGGAUGGAGUUUGAAGUUUUGAGAGACAGAGAAAAUGAGUUGCAGAGUAGAAAUAGUAUUAUGGGUUGGUGUGUGUUUGUGUGUCUGGCUGUCAUGUUUUUCUAUGGAGGAAGCUGUUAAGACAAUGUGUCACUGCCGCCAAUGUUUUAUUAUCCCCUCAGUCCUCCUUGCGUCAGACACACACACACACACACACACACACACACACACACACACACACACACAACACAAGGGAGUUGGUUGUGUGUGUGUGAGCAUUGUGGGGUUUGACGCCAAAAUUAGACUACAUCCACACCCAUUUAGAAGUUUGGUUUAUUGAAACAUCUAUUCAGCCAUUGCUCAUAAUGGCACAAUAGUGUUUUCAUACAGCUUACGUCAUAGUCACCAACUCUACUGCUUCCACUUUUUCUCAUUUUCGCACACUAUAUGGUGUGUAUGUAGCCUACUAGCCGUAUACAGUAGUCUUACAGUUAUGAACUGAUGACGUUCUCAGGCUAUGUUUAAUGAUCUCUUAGCCCCUCCAGCACUGUGCAAAUGGGCCCGUUUUCAUUGGCUGUCUGAGCAUGGUGGAUGAGGCCUGUUUGACUAGAGGGGAUUAGGGAGAGCGGGCGAGGAAAGGGGAAGAAAGAGGGGAUAGAGAGGGGUGAAAAAAGAAAAUGAGCACUGCUCUGGACACAGCCAUAACCCCCCCCCCACCACCCCCCCCCACCCCCCCCACCCCCCCCCCCCCCCACCCCCGCCUACAAUUUGGGAGAGUCCAGCCACACCCUUAGCCAUGUUCCUCUCCAGAACAGGACCUAGGACCAGGGUUGACUCACCCACAGGAACGGUGGGGGUUAUUGUGACAUGGGGGGGGGGGGGGUACGAGGGGUGUCGAUAGCUGUUGAUGCAGACUUUCUAAAUUUAGCCACAGUGUUAAAUGUUAUAGACUAGACUCGUGUGCAUGUAUUCAUGGUAAGGAAAAACGAACCACUCAUCUAUAGCAGUCUUAGUUUGAGAUGCGCGCACACACACUUCCCAGGGGACAAUUAGCGGUGCUGGGAAUAUGGGACCCACUCUGUAAUCGGCCAUUACCACACACACUGGUGUGUUAUUCGUAACCCAGCAGGCUUCCCUAAAUGUUUUAUUUGUUCUUGGUGUUAAUUUUUGGUCCACCCCCUCAGGAGAAUACAGUUGAGCCCUACCAAACUCACAGGAAUGCCCCCCUCUUUUUUCAUCUACCUCUCCAGAAUGGCAUAGUGGGGUUAAAGGGGAAAUUCAGCAUUUUACAACUUAAUGUAAGACAACUUAAUAUUAGACGGUUACUCACCCUGUAUGGUAGAGCAUGGCACUUUCAACACCAGGAUUGUGGGUUUAAUUCCAGGGGCCACCCGUAAGUAAAAUGUAUGUAUGCAUGACUGUAAGUCUUUUAGGAUAAAGUGUUUUCUAAUUGCCAUUUAUUAUUAUGAACUUUCCCUGUAGCUGAUUUUCCCAAAAUGUUACCAUUGUUGUAAUGAGAGCAUAUUUCUCCUUUUGCGAAUUCAUUCAUCAUGAUACAAUGUGAUGUUGAUGUAUUUUUGGACAUCUACAUUGGGGUCAGGAUGGAGUUUGAAGUUUUGAGAGACAGAGAAAAUGAGUUGCAGAGUAGAAAUAGUAUUAUGGGUUGGUGUGUGUUUGUGUGUCUGGCUGUCAUGUUUUUCUAUGGAGGAAGCUGUUGAGACAAUGUGUCACUGCCGCCAAUGUUUUAUUAUCCCCUCAGUCCUCCUUGCGUCAGACACACACACACACACACAGGAGUUGGUUGUGUGUGUGUGAGCAUUGUGGGGUUUGACGCCAAAAUUAGACUACAUCCACACCCAUUUAGAAGUUUGGUUUAUUGAAACAUCUAUUCAGCCAUUGCUCAUAAUGGCACAAUAGUGUUUUCAUACAGCUUACGUCAUAGUCACCAACUCUACUGCUUCCACUUUUUGAAUCAUUAAAGGGUUAACAAUCCUCUGUGUUGGAGAUAGUGAAGGUAGUAUAGAAAGGUGAGUGUGUGUGUGUGUGUGCGCGCGCCCACUUGCAUUCACGCUAACCAUGGUCUUGUUCAGUGGGCACAAAACGGCCGAGAAACAAGAAACACUCAUUUUCCGUUGCAAAAUGUUCUGCUCCAGUAAGCUCUAAUGAACAGGACCCAGGACAAGGCUGAGAACAAACCAAAUAAACAACUAUGUUCUGAUCCUACUAGGAUGCAAAGUGAAUUAACGAAGAGACUGCAGAGUUCCACAUUAACCUUAUCUUUGAUGUAAUGGGCAAUUCCACAGUAACAGAAUGACAACACAAACAGCACAAAACGUUGUUCUGUUACCAAACUUUGCAUCUGCACUGUUCUUCAAAUAAAUGUGUUUUUGUAAAAUGCUCUGUGGAAAUGGUUAAAAGUCGUCCUUGUGUCGUCCUUGGUUAAAAGUCGUCCUUGUGCAUAGAGUUGUGGUUUGUUGAACUUUGCAAUCAUUGUUCUUUGUUUGACAUAGGAUAUACAUUUAAAAGGGACAAAUCUGUUACUGUAGAAAUGCCCAUUACAUCACAGAUCAGAUGGAACUCUGCGGUCUCUUCAUUAAUUAACUUUCAGUACAUACAUUUUAAAAUGAAAAAUCUGAGUUUCAGCAUCAUUCUGUUAGCGUGGAAUUGUCCUAAUGCCUUCUCCCCUCUCUCAUUCCUCCCUUCCUCUCCUCCUUCACCUAACUCUCCUUCCAUUCUCUCCCUCAUUCUCUCUACUUCUCUAUUAAUCCUCAUCUCUCCUUGCACCCAGUCUUUCUCCCUUCUUAGGGAAAGGGGGAUACCUAGAGUGAGGGGGGGAAAAAGUAUUUGAUCCCCUGCUGAUUUUGUACGUUUGCCCACUGACAAAGAAAUGAUCAGUGUAUAAUUUUAAUGGUAGGUUUAUUUGAACAGUGAGAGACAGAAUAACAACAACAAAAUCCAGAAAAACGCAUGUAAAAAAUUUUAUACAUUGAUUUGCAUUUUAAUGAGGGAAAUAAGUAUUUGACCCCUCUGCAAAACAUGACUUAGUACUUGGUGGCAAAACCCUUGUUGGCAAUCACAGAGGUCAGACGUUUCUUAUAGUUGGCCACCAGGUUUGCACACAUCUCAGGAGGGAUUUUGUCCCACUCCUCUUUGCAGAUCUUCUCCAAGUCAUUAAGGUUUCGAGGCUGACGUUUGGCAACUCGAACCUUCAGCUCCCUCCACAGAUUUUCUAUGGGAUUAAGGUCUGGAGACUGGCUAGGCCACUCCAGGACCUUAAUGUGCUUCUUCUUGAGCCACUCCUUUGUUGCCUUGGCCGUGUGUUUUGGGUCAUUGUCAUGCUGGAAUUCCCAUCCACGACCCAUUUUCAAUGCCCUGGCUGAGGGAAGGAGGUUCUCACCCAAGAUUUGACGGUACAUGGCCCCGUCCAUCGUCCCUUUGAUGCGGUGAAGUUGUCCUGUCGCCUUAGCAGAGAAACACCCCCAAAGCAUAAUGUUUCCACCUCCAUGUUUGAUGGUGGGGAUGGUGUUCUUGGGGUCAUAGGCAGCAUUCCUCCUCCUCCAAACACGGCGAGUUGAGUUGAUGCCAAAGAGCUCCAUUUUGGUCUCAUCUGACCACAACACUUUCACCCAGUUCUCCUCUGAAUCAUUCAGAUGUUCAUUGGCAAACUUCAGACGGGCCUGUAUAUGUGCUUUCUUGAGCAGGGGGACCUUGCGGGCGCUGCAGGAUUUCAGUCCUUCACGGCGUAGUGUGUUACCAAUUGUUUUCUUGGUGACUAUGGUCCCAGCUGCCUUGAGAUCAUUGACAAGAUCCUCCCGUGUAGUUCUGGGCUGAUUCCGCACCGUUCUCAUGAUCAUUGCAACUCCACGAGGUGAGAUCUUGCAUGGAGCUACAGGCCGAAGGAGAUUGACAGUUCUUUUGUGUUUCUUCCAUUUGCAAAUAAUCGCACCAACUGUUGUCAACUUCUCACCAAGCUGCUUGGCGAUGGUCUUGUAGCCCAUUCCAGCCUUGUGUAGGUCUACAAUCUUGUCCCUGACAUCCUUGGAGAGCUCUUUGGUCUUGGCCAUGGUGGAGAGUUUGGAAUCUGAUUGAUUGAUUGCUUCUGUGGACAGGUGUCUUUUAUACAGGUAACAAACUGAGAUUAGGAGCACUCCCUUUAAGAGUGUGCUCCUAAUCUCAGAUCGUUACCUGUAUAAAAGACACCUGGGAGCCAGACAUUUUUCUGAUUGAGAGGGGGUCAAAUACUUAUUUCCCUCAUUAAAAUGCAAAUCAAUGUAUAAUUUUUUUGACUUGUUUUUCUGGAUUUUGUUGUUGUUAUUCUGUCUCUCACUGUUCAAAUAAACCUACCAUUAAAAUUAUACACUGAUCAUUUCUUUGUCAGUGGGCAAACGUACAAAAUCAGCAGGGGAUCAAAUACUUUUUUCCCUCACUGUAAGUUGCACAACUGAAUGCAUUCAACUCAAAUGUCUUCCGCAUUUAACCUAACCCCUCUGAAUCAGAGAGGUGUGGGGGGCUGCCUUAAUCGACAUCCACGUCAUUGGCGCCCGGGAAGCAGUUGUUGUUGGGGGUUAACUGCCUUGCUCAAGGGCAGAACUUCAGAUUUUUUUCCCCAACGUGCCAGCUCGGAGAUUCAAACCAACGACCUUUCGGUUACUGGCCCAACGCUCUUAACCGCUAGGCUACCUGCUGCUUCUUAUCUCUCUCCUUCCCUCCCUCUCUCAAAUACACUUAUAUAGGAUCAAUUGGUUUGCAUGUGAAGCAUGAGUGGCUAGCUGAUUUCUCUACAGAUUACACAGAAGUCAACCAAACACCCUGGUUGAACACUAUUCUACUUCUCCUACUAGGCUACAUGCUACAUAAUAUCGGCCUGUAUUUGUCUCCGUCAUUAAUGUAUGUAGUGUUUCAAAUUCACAUUUCUACGGCGUGUGGGUGUGUGGUUAUAUACAGAUGCAUUGGCUACAGGUUAUGGUUCCACACCUCCUGACUUGACUGUCAGUGACCAUCCUAUGUAUGACCUUUGAUGACGCUGACUUUUGACCCUCCAUAGGCCAACAACAUCACAUCCUGUCCCUUCUCUAUAUGAAACACUCUUCCCCCUAGUCCGGCUUGAGCACUCAACAGUACAUUGACAGUCUGUGUGUUCUGUUCUCUAUUCCCGGCCUCAUGGUUAAGCACUGGAAGCCAGCCAUUGCUUUCUUUAAUUUAGAUCAGUGCUUUUCCAGAACAGCCCCCUCUCUCUCUCCUCCCUCUUUGCUCUCUUCUCUUCAGAGGCACAGGCCAACCCAAACUGGUGGCCUAGUGUGGGGCAGAUGUGUGUGUGUUUCCUGUGUACCCUCCCACUAUGGCAGAGGCUUAACACCACAACAGCCCCAGUGGGUUGACCUCUGAACCCUGAGGUGGCCCCAGCUCUGACCCUGGUAGUGAUGGGAGACAGAUGAGGGACUGUCAUGCUCGGGCUUCUCAUAGACACUGGCCUGGAGAGAGAGAGGGAUGCAGGGGGGAGAGAGAAAGAGACACAGGGAGGCAGAGAAAGUGUGAGAGCGUGCGAGGGAAGGGGAGAGCGUGCGAGGGAAGGGAAGGGGAGAGCGUGCGAGGAGGGGGGGAGAGCGUGCGAAGGAGGGGGGAGAGCGUGCAGAGGGGGGAAGGGGAGACUCGUGGAACAGGGAGGGGAAGUGGAGAGCGUGCAGGAGGGAGGGGAGAGCGUGCGAGGAGGGGAGAGCGUGCGAGGGAGGGAGAGCGUGCGAAGGAGGGGGGGAGAGCGUGCGAAGGAGGGGGGGAGAGCGUGCGAAGGAGGGGGGGAGAGCGUGCGAAGGAGGGGGGGGAGAGCGUGCGAAGGAGGGGGGAGAGCGUGCGAAGGAGGGGGGGAGCGAAGGAAGAAGGAGGGAGGGAGGGAGCGAGCAAGCGAAGGAGGGGGGAGAGCGAGCGAAGGAAGGAGGGGGAGGGAGCGAAGGAGGGAAGGAGGGAGCGAAGGAAGGAGGGAGCGAGGGAAGGAAGGAAGGAGGGAGCGAGCGAAGGAGGGAACGCUACUGCAAGAACGCUACUGUUAUUCCCCAUACUUUUAUAAUUUUUUGUACACUCAGUACAAAACAUCAUAGCUUUAACCUGGAUCAUAGCUUUCACCUGGAUUCAACAGCCAGUUUAUUAGGUACACCCAUCUAGUACUGGGUCGGACCCCCCUUUGCCUCCAGAACAGCCUGAAUUCUUGCUGCAGGUUGGAAGGCGAUACACCACCGCCACCAGCCUGUACCGUUGACAACAGGCAGGAUGGGUUCAUAGACUCAUACUGCUUACGCCAAAUCCUGACUCUGCCAUUAGCAUGACACACCAGGAACAGGGAUUCGUCGAACCAGGCAAUGUUUUUCCACUCCUCAAUUGUCCAGUGUUGGUGAUCGUGUGCCUACUGGAGCCGUUUCUUGUUUUUAGCUGAUAGGAGUGGGACCCGGUGUGGUUGUCUGCUGUAAUAGCCCAUCCGUGACAAGGAUCGACGAGUUGUGCAUUCCAGGAUGCCAUUCUACACACCACUGUUGUACUGCACUGUUUUUUGUAUGUUUCUGGCCCGCCUGUUAGCUUGCAUGAUUCUUGCCAUUCUCCUUUGACCUCUCUCAUCAACAAGCUGUUUUCGCCCACAGGACUGCCGCUGAGUGGAUGUUUUUUGUUUGUCGCACCAUCCUCGGGAAACCCUAGACACUGUUGUGCGUGAAAAGCCCAGGAGGGCGGCCGUUUCUGAGAUACUGGAUCAGGCGCGCCUGGCACCGACGAUCAUACCAUGCUCAAAGUCGCUUAGGUCACUCAUUUUGCCCAUUCUAACAUUCAAUCGAACAGUAACUGGAUGCCUGUCUGCCUGCUUUAUAUAGCAAGCCACGGCCACAUUACUCACUGUCUGUAGGAGCGAUCCAUUUUCGUGAAUGGGGUGGUGUAGCUAAUACACUGGCCGGGUAGUGUAGGCUAAGUCAUGAGAAUAGGCUAUAUUGAAAUGAGCCUUGCCUCAAAUAUCCGGUAUUGUUAUUUUAGUAUUGUGCACAAGCUGCUAGACAGAAACAGUAGGCAUAAAUGCCAAAAAUCUUGCCUAUGUAGAGUAAGAUGAUUGCAAGGUUUUGCAAAUAAUCCUCAACCACCUGAAGAUUGAGAUUCAUUAGAUAUUUCUUGAAUGUGGGGUAAUUUGUAGAAUUCAAAUGUCACAUGAACAUAUUCAAACCGCAAGUAUUUGGGAAACAUAGUGUUUUCUAUGGUCCUAUUGUAAAGGGAUAGCGCACCCAAAUGAAUUACAUAUUUACAAGGAGAGACUGAAAUCCAUCCCAUGGUUAGCCACCAACUUAGUAUUAGCAUUUUCUAACCAAAAACCAAUGUAAUUUCAUGUCCGCCAGUUAGCAUACUCUAAAUGUCAUGCCCAAAUAAUCUCAAAGUAACUUCAAACCAAGUCGUUGAGAAUCCUGACCUGGGAUAUUAAAAAAAAAAUCAAAAUCCACCCUGGUCAUGGGCCUUAGCCAUGUAAAAAUAUGUAGAAUUGCAGGAAAUGAGCUUUAAAACAGAUGUUUUCCCCUGGGGGGGGGGGAAACCACCAGACCCCCUGGUUAGGAAUGGAGCUAAUGACAUUAACAACAACUUGGAGUGUGAAUUCCUAUCUUCAAUAGUUGGCAGCCCUGUUUUAAAGCUUAUGGACAACAACCCAAAAAGUGGUGUGUCUAUAAUUGUAUUACAGCAAGGGCAGUGCUGUCCAAGUACAGCUCAGACUACAGGCAGUGGCUGAUCUCUCGUCUCUGUGGCUGCAUCCCAAAUGGCACCCUAUUCCCUAUAUAGUGUCCUACUUUUGACCAGAGCCCAUAGGGUGCUAUUUUGGACGCAGCUGUCUAUACGGUAGCACCACCAGCGUAUUUGCAAACAGAAAGGAGGCUUAUUUCAUUCUGUUCUUUUCCUCUUCCUGUCCUCCUCGGUUAGCCAUGAUGUCAUGCUGUAAAGAAGCCCUGUCCCUGGCGCUGUAACCAUGGCGAUGCUUGUGUUUGAUGGACUGCUGGGCUUGGGCGUUGUUAUGGAACAGCCCGUGUGGGGAAAAUAGGAAUUCUGCACAUCUUGGCCAUUUCCUGUUCUGACCCACUCAACUGCCACCCUGUUCCCCCCCUCUCCGCAUGCACAGCUACUACAUACACACAACGGGUGUGUGCACUGUUCACUGUACAUUGUGUAUCACCUAUAUGGUGGCCAUGCCAACUAAAUGGUUGACUGUGAUGGCCAAGGGGUUUUAAGGGGGGCGAUGGAUGGGCGGCUGUAGAGACACAGUGUGGAAAGACUGUGUGUGCGUGUAACUGGGCGGCAGGUAGCUUAGUGGUUAAGAGCGUAGUGCCAGUAACCGAAAGGUUGCUGGUUCUAAUCCCCGAGCCGACUAGGUGAAAAAUCUGUCUGUGCCCUUGAGCAAGGCACUUAACCCUAAUUGCUCCUGUAAGUCGCUCUGGAUAAGAGCGUCUGCUAAAUGACUAAAAUGUCAAAUGUAAAUGUAACUGUGCAUGCCUGUAAAUCUGCACGGUCACACACACAGCAGUGGUUCUGUGUAAGCUAGCUACAGUGAGGGAAAAAAGUAUUUGAUCCCCUGCUGAUUUUGUACGUUUGCCCACUGACAAAGACAUGAUCAGUCUAUAAUUUUAAUGGUAGGUUUAUUUGAACAGUGAGAGACAGAAUUACAACAAAAAAAUCCAGAAAAACGCAUGUCAAAAAUGUUAUAAAUUGAUUUGCAUUUUAAUGAGGGAAAUAAGUAUUUGACCCCUCUGCAAAACAUGACUUAGUACUUGGUGGCAAAACUCUUGUUGGCAAUCACAGAGGUCAGACGUUUCUUGUAGUUGGCCACCAGGUUUGCACACAUCUCAGGAGGGAUUUUGUCCCACUCCUCUUUGCAGAUCUUCUCCAAAUUAAGGUUUCGAGGCUGACGUUUGGCAACUCGAACCUUCAGCUCCCUCCACAGAUUUUCUAUGGGAUUAAGGUCUGGAGACUGGCUAGGCCACUCCAGGACCUUAAUGUGCCUCUUCUUGAGCCACUCCUUUGUUGCCUAGGCCGUGUGUUUUGGGUCAUUGCCAUGCUGGAAUACCCAUCCACGACCCAUUUUCAAUGCCCUGGCUGAGGGAAGGAGGUUCUCACCCAAGAUUUGACGGUACAUGGCCCCGUCCAUCGUCCCUUUGAUGCAGUGAAGUUGUCCUGUCCCCUUAGCAGAAAAACACCCCCAAAGCAUAAUGUUUCCACCUCCAUGUUUGACGGUGGGGAUGGUGUUCUUGGGGUCAUAGGCAGCAUUCCUCCUCCUCCAAACACGGCGAGUUGAGUUGAUGCCAAGUGCUCGAUUUUGGUCUCAUCUGAUCACAACACUUUCACCCAGUUCUCCUCUGAAUCAUUCAGAUCUUCAUUGGCAAACUUCAGACGGGCCUGUAUAUGUGCUUUCUUGAGCAGGGGGACCUUGCGGGCGCUGCAGGAUUUCAGUCCUUCACGGCGUAGUGUGUUACCAAUUGUUUUCUUGGUGACUAUGGUCCCAGCUGCCUUGAUCAUUGACAAGAUCCUCCUGUGUAGUUCUGGGCUGAUUCCUCACCGUUCUCAUGAUCAUUGCAACUCCACGAGGUGAGAUCUUGCAUGGAGCCCCAGGCCGAGGGAGAUUGACAGGACUUUUGUGUUUCUUCCAUUUGCGAAUAAUCACACCAACUGUUGUCACCGUCUUGUAGCCCAUUCCAGCCCUGUGUAGGUCUACAAUCUUGUCCCUGACAUCCUUGGAGAGCUCUUUGGUCUUGGCCAUGGUGGAGAGUUUGGAAUCUGAUUGAUUGCUUCUGUGGACAGGUGUCUUUUAUACAGGUAACAAACUGAGAUUAGGAGCACUCCCUUUAAGAGUGUGCUCCUAAUCUCAGCUCGUUACCUGUAUAAAAGACACCUGGGAGCCAGAAAUCUUUCUGAUUGAGAGGGGGUCAAAUACUUAUUUCCCUCAUUUAAAAUGCAAAUCAAUUCAUAACAUUUUUGACAUGCGUUUUUCUGGAUUUUGUUGUUGUUAUUCUGUCUCUCACUGUUCAAAUAAACAUACCAUUAAAAUGAUAGACUGAUAAUUUCUUUGUCAGUGGGCAAACGUACAAAAUCAGCAGGGGAUCAAAUACUUUUUUCCCUCACUGUAUCUUGAAUGUGUCCGCUCAUGAUCCGAAACAGACUCCUUUCCAGCUGCUGUGUGUGUGCAUAUUUUGCACGCAUGACCUUUUGUGUGUUGUGUGUGAGGGUAUACGUGUGUGUGUUUUAUGGCCUGUACCAGUGCCCACCAGGCCCACUCACACACUCAGCCAAACUAGGCCCAAGUCACAGGCUGGGUAACCACAGGAUGCUAACUGCAACGCAGCACAGCAGCCCUUUUUCUCUCUCUCUCUAUCCCUUUUCUCCCUCCCUGUUCUCUCUUCUUUCCCUCGCUCUCCUCCCUCCCUGCUCGCUCUCCUCCCUCCCUGCUCGCUCUCCUCCCUCCCUGCUCGCUCUCCUCCCUCCCUGCUCGCUCUCCUCCCUCCCUGCUCGCUCUCCUCCCUCCCUGCUCGCUCUCCUCCCUCUCUGCUCGCUCUCCUCCCUCCCUGCUCGCUCUCCUCCCUCCCUGCUCGCUCUCCUCCCUCCCUGCUCGCUCUGCCUUUCUCCCUUCCUCUCUCGCUGUCUUUUCUGCUUCUUCCUCUCGCUCUGCUCUCUCUCUCAGGGGAAUAAGAGGUGAGGGGAUUUUCAAAGCAAGCCCUUCCUGCCCUUCCUCUCCACUGCCCCCGCCACACUUAAACACAGUGCUCCUCUCUUUGAGACAGAUUGCUAUUACAUUACACUACCUCUCACACACACUCUCCAACAUGAUGCUGUAGAAAAUGAUAUUGUACAGAUACAAUUUCAAUUGAGUUCGAAAUGCUGAUCUUGGAUCAGUUUGCGAGUCCACACACACAGCUUUAUUUUCGUGAAAUUUCAGGACUUUCUGGUGAGUAAUAAGGUUUGAACAUUAAAAAUCCUAUUUUCCCUAACCUCUAACCUCAACCUCAACCCUAACCCCAAAACCAUAAACCUAACCCUUAAGCUUAAAAUAGCAUUUGAACAAAUUCAGGACAUGAAAAAUUGUUUUCCUACCCUGUCAGGACAUUCAGGUGAAUUAUUAGGACAUUGGGGUCCUGUUAAGGUUGGGAAACAAGUACACACACAGUAUCAAAAGCAGGGGUCAAUUUGGGGUUAGCCCCCUUAUGUACCUGUGGAGGGUCCUGUUGUCUGGUACAGUACAGUCCCCCAUCAAGGGGCUCACAGCACGGUUAGGGGGAAACACUAUACCCCCUAGAACACCAAUGAGAUUACCUUAGGCCUGAGCUUCUAACAGUCUAACUGUUCCAUCUGAAUGGGCUGCUAUCAGACCUGGCUUCAAAUACUAUUUGAAAUCAUUUCAAAUACUUUAUCUGUGCUUGAUUGAGCUCUCCUGGUGCAAUGGAACCCAUAGAAUAGUCCCCAAACUGCAAACCCUGCCCGUCUGGCACUCUAGGCAGGCUAGAGCAAACAUUCAAAGUAUUUGAAAGAUUUCAAAUAGUAUUUGAACCCUGGCUGUUGUAGGGGUUAAUGUACUGGAGGAACACAGAUGUUGUGGGGAUAAGACUGGGCCUUUGUGUCUUUAGGUGACUUUGUCACACACUGCUGCCGUGCCAUUGAGCCCGUGAUCCCAUGUCGUCGUGUGUGUGUGUGCGUGCGUACAUGUUUCUAUGUCACCUCUCACUAGUUGUGCUCUCAGAGAAUGCCUGUGCGUGUGCGCGUGCGUGCGUUAAAAAGAGAGGGGGGGCGUAGUUAUUGAAACUAAAUCUGUGGUUACAGUUUAGUGGUACUGUGUGUGUGUGUGUGUGUGUGUGUGUGUGUGCGUGCGCGCGGGCAUCCGUGCGCGUAUGUGACCAUGUGUGAGGGAGUGUUUUCUUGUGUCCGACCGUGCCAUGGCCCUGCCUCCCCAUGUCCUCAUGUAGCCUAUCAGUAGAUAAAGAUAAGAUGGCAUUCCUCUGACUAGAUCCUAUGCUGUGUUUUCAUUCCUAAGGUUGUGUGGCACUAAUACUCCCCCACUAAACUGGCUCCCUAUCCAACCAGGAAGUGAUGCAAUAGGGACAGGAUGUGAAGGGGUCUCUGGUGAUACUUUUAAUAGUAUCAGAAGAGGAUGUGAAGGGGUCAGCUACCACACCAAUAUGCUUCUGUCUGCCCGAGGUUGUAAUGGAUCAGGAAGGAGUGAUGUCAGAGAUUGGUUAAGCCACAUAGUUGUGGUUGAUGGUUAGGGGAAGGGAAUUCAAGUGGGGGCUUCGGUGACGCAUGUGCACACACUCUCACCCCUAGGGGCUUUAAAGGGCUUGUAGUGUCACUGGCUCAAGUUCUACCAGUGUGGCUUUGAGUCAUGACACUACACAUUACUUACACACGAUCCCAGCUGUGUAAAAGGUGGGAAAUUAAACAAAAAUCACCUGUUUCCAAUCUGUCCACAAGAGGGCGCUCUGUCAUUAUCAUUAGAUGGCACAAUGUGGCUCGGUGAUACAGAAUACCAUGGUUACGUCCCAAGUGGCACCCUAUUCCCUUCAUAGUGCAUUACUUUUGACCAGAGCCCUAGUGCACUAUAAAGGGAAUAUGGUGCCAUUUGGGACAAAGGUCAUGACUGGCUGUGGCUGACACUCGACUUUGACUCUUAUCACCAAUGUCUGACCAUGGGUAUGAUGGGUUUAUGAAUUGAUGUGGGGCCUAUGUGGAACGUGUCAUGUGGUCAUUUCAGUGCUCACUGCUGUACAACACAGCCAAACCAGUAUGGGCAGCCACUUGUGGGGAAUAGGCCUUGGCUCAACUUAGUAGGCCUUCCAAAGGCCUCCAGCACGUGGUAUACUGUAUCUCUGGCAGACACAACAGGGAAUAGCCUCCUGCCGUUGCGCAGCCGUAUCCCUCCACGCUAUAGAGCUCUUUUGGCGGUUGCCAUGGUAACAGAUAAGGAGGUUGCGCUGGUGAAGGUGUGGAUUCAUCGCUGCCGCUGUGUGAUGGAAUUCUCUCCUUAGUAAAUGUGUGUGCGAAUGCGUGCGUGCACGUGAAUUGAAAUGUUUUAAUCCUUUUGAUUGUAAUGUGAUUUCUAUAUUCAAAUGAGGUACUCUGUGUGUGUGCCUCCAGAUGGCAGAUAUGUCGGACGAUGAGCUGGACCACGGGGCAGAGGAGGAGGACAGUGAUAAGGAAGACCAGGACCUGGACAAAAUGUUUGGAGCCUGGUUGGGAGAGCUGGACAAACUCACACAGGUAUUGCAGUAGGGGAGAAUGGGCGUAUCCUGGUAACUGUAGCCUGGCAAACGUAUCCUGGUAGCCAUGUCAUACAUACCAUAUCUUGGCAACGGUAUCCCAGUAACUGUAUCCUAGAAACCAUAUCCAAGUAACCAUAUUCUAGCAACAGUAUCAUAGUUACAGUAUCCAUGCAACCAUGUCCUAGUAACUGUAACCUAGUAACCGUACCCUAGCAAUCGUAUCUUGGUAACCGUAUCUCGGCAACCAUAUCAUCCUAGUUACCAACCCCCACCCCUCCCACCCUUUCGCUAAGUCAUGGUUGCUUUCUUCCACUCCCUUCAAGCCUGUUCAAAUCUGGUCUUGUAUUGUUAUGCAUUAAAGACAUGCUCCGGUACUUUUGCAACUAGUAAGUAUUUUUUUAAACCUCCUGCUUUGGGCUGAAUUGUUUCAUGUGUAGUUCAUACAUGCAUAAUCUAUCAGCAGAAUUACUGUUUUACCUCAGUUAGCCAUGAAAUCCCUAGUUUGUAAACGACUGUUUUCUGGAAUCUGUGUGGUGCCAUUUUCCCUACAUUUACCCCCACGUGGGCCAGCCCCUAGCAAUUCGAGUUUCAUUCAAUGAGCUUCAGCCCCUCGCCAUCUGAGUGACAGCUAGCAAGACGCACACACAGUAGAGCGAGAGAGCAAUGAUCUGUGACGUAGUACGCAACUUUCGGGGACCACUUUUGGCUCGUGGGCGCUAUAUUCAGGACUAGUGGCUAAAAAGUAUACAAAAGUAUCAGAGAAUAUCUUUAAGAUGGUGGUGAUUUUGAUGGUGUGAUUUGUCCUCUACAGAGUCUGGAUGACGGGAAGCCACAGAAGCCGGUCCAGAAGGCCCCUCUCAGACAGGAAACCAACAUGGCUAAUUUUUCCUACCGCUUCUCCAUGUACAACAUCAACGGUAAGACACACACACUCAGACCUGUAUGCCCUACCUACUUCCUGCAGAGCAUGGUGUCUGUGACAUGCCUGUGUGACCCAACCAGCAUUGCUUUACCGCUGUGCAAAAGUACCUUUUCAACCAUCACACUUUCAUAAAAUCAAUAUUUUAGCUUGUGUUUGUGUGUGUACUAGCAUGUGUGAAUACAAGAACGUGGAUUCACACUCCCCUUUUCCCACUCCUUACAGAGGCUCUGAACCAGACAACAGAGACCGUAGACCUGGAUGCCCUGAUGGCUGACCUGUGUUCCAUAGAACAGGAGCUCAGCACCAUCGGCAAGCCCAACACCGGCACCGCCCGCCAGGUUAAAUGUCAACAGCGAGGCCCGGGGGGUCGCAACGCCAGUGCCAAGCAGACUGGCAGCGGUGGAGGGGGUAGCAGCGGGGGCAGCACCAGCAGUAGUACCCGGGCGUCACCAGCCUCCACCGUCCGAGGGGGCAGCUCCAACUCCCACGGGCGCCCGUCGGCGUCCAAUUUCUCGCUGGACGACAUCACGGCCCAGUUGGAGCAGGCGUCGCUCAGCAUGGACGAGGCGGCGCACCAGACCUCUUCUUCCUCGUCCUCUUCCUCCUACUCCUCGGCCACCCUCCGGCGCCCUUCGGCGGGUUCCUCGUCCUCGCAGCACCGGAGAACAGGCUCGGUGGGCGCGGUUAGUGAACACGAGGCGGGGGGCCACUCCUCGAGGUCCAGCGUUAAUUCUGCUUCCGCAUCCAGCAUGGACUCUCUGGAUAUCGACAAGGUGCUGUCUAGGGCAGCAGGAGGGGCUGAGCAGGAAGGGGGGUCCCAAGGCCCCCAGCCGCCACAGGGCCUGGCUAGUACUGAGGUAAGGCACACACACUCAUACACACACUCUAAUCUUCACAAUCCUGUUUUCCCAAUUAUGUCCUAAAAACGGACUAAGAUGUACCAUGGAUAGCAAUAUCUCUAAGUGAAACAUUAUUACCACUGACAGUUUGUUCAUUUCCUUCCUCUGUUGUUGUCUGUAUGAGAGUCAGCCUGCAAACAAGGCCCAGUUAUCUCAGCCUAUCAAAAGCCCAUUUUCAUGUACAGGCUUUUAGUUUGGGCAGGGUAAUGAUUGCCGUUAAUGGGGAAUUGUGGGACUUACUUUAUUCAGACUAAAAGGGUGGGCUGACUAUUUGAGUUAUGACAGUGAAAGGCUGUUUGGUUAGGGGGAAAAUAAACUGCUGCAGGGGUUUGUUUGUUUGUUUGAUGAUGAUGAAUGGUAUGAUGAUGAAUGUGUGUGCGUGCGUACGCAAGUGCCCUCUCAAAACCACCCUCUCUAGUUCCCUGCAUAGUACAUUUACACUGCAUGAUGUUUUGAAGUUCAAUUGCAUGUCAAAUGUGCACCGUACAACUCAUUGUAUUACAUGUGUUUGCUAUCCGUAUAACACACAAUGUUGUGUGUGUAUACUGCCCAUUGGAAAGUGUGGUAUUUACAGUACAGUAAGUGAAUGCAUUGUAAUCACUGCAGUCUGCAUGUAUGAUAUGGAUUACAAUGUAUCUACUGUACCUGUUUUGCUGUAAACUCAACCUGCUUGACUUAUGUACGGGGACUUAGUUUAGGUUUACAAGAGGGAAAGGACAAAUAUAUAUGCAACUUAGCAGAGGCUUUUAUCUAAAAGCGACUAACGGUACAGUGCGUGCAUACAUACAGUAUGUAGUACGUUAUCACUAAUUGAACCCACAACCUGGCAUUGCUAGCGCCACACUCUUACCAACUGGGCCACACAUGACCACAUAUAGAGUCAGUAUGCGUUGUCUUUUCUUUGUUUUGGGGGUGGUUGGGAGGGAGAUGUUGAGACAGAUUAAAGAGAUGGAGAGAUUGAGGAAGUGUUGAAAAGAAAACGUGAACUUUUUAAAUAGAGAAAGAGAACUUAACCCCUGCUUGAAUAACGUGCACCUCCCCGUCCCCUUGCAUGUUAACUGUGUGUGUUUGCAUCCUCUCUGCACCCAUAAUGCACCUCCCCGUUUCCCAGCAUGCCUCACUACCGCAACGGGCCAGUGGUAAGCCGGCCAGACGGCAGCUUGACUUCACCUCACGGGAGGGUGAAGUGGAUGUGGAUCUGGGCACUGUAAGUGUGUGUGUGUGCAAGUGCGUGGGUGUGUGAACAUGUGUUGGAGCGAACGAAAGACAUGUAUAUAGUGACAAUGGAUGUACAGUAUGUGUGUGAAUGUGUACAGGUGAGUAUUACCAAUCACCUUCAGUAAUCACAGCAGGAUCAUCUUUAGAAAGUAUACUUUUGAUAAAUCGUCUCUUUUCCCCAUCCACAACUAUCUAAUAUGACUACCACAACAAUCAAUGCUCCAACUUUUGGACCUCUCUUGCUUCCACACUUUAAACCCCACCCUCCCCCUGGAUCAAAAGCAUUUUUAAUGAGCCAUUGAGAAUCAUUGCACUGACUGUCUUAUCUGUUUCUCUCCUCACCUCUGCGCCACCAAGCACUCCUAUCUGGACAGAGAAACGUCCCUCAUUCUGAAAAGCAUUGCAGGAAAGCCUUCUCACCUGCUUACCAAGGUGACGCCUCAUUAGCUUGCUUAUGCUUGCUUUUGAUUGAACAUCACUUCUUUACCAUCUCCCUAAGCCCCUCCCACGGUGCCAACACCCACCCACUGUGCUCGAUUGACCUGAUUGGCUUGUUUUUACUUCUGUCUCAUCCUUUCUUUCUCGCCUUUUUCCUGCAUGCAGCCCCUGCUUAUAUGCCUCCUUUAUCCAUUUUUCCCCUCGUCUUCCUCCCAGUGCUGAUGUGUCCAUUUGAUUCCCUGCACUCCUUUUCUCUAGUAGGGGGAAAGAAAUGGAGGGUAGGUAACUGGCACUGUGGCCCAGUACAGUUUUGCACUGUAUCUAACUUCACUGUCAUGUCAGUCUUGCAGACAGACCUGGGUCAUAUACCUUUAUGUAAAAUACUUUCAAAUGUUCUUGACUUGAUUUGCCUGGGACAAUAGAACCAACGUAAUCCCAAAAGUGCAAACUCCCAAGUUAAAUCAAGCACACCUACUGACAUAUACUUUUCUUGAGUAGAAUUUGAAAGUAUUUGACAUGCAUUUGACCCAAAUCUGGAGUGUUGUUUAUAAUAACCACAUACAUAUGGGCUGCAUUCAGUUGCGCUAGGUCUGGAGCAUGACUGCAUGCCUGUGUGCGUCGACUCUGGUUGACAUGUGCCUGAGCAUAGAGAAAUGGAACUGGAUGUGUGUGUAACUCUGAACGCUCCCUUUUAUAUUAUGAAGUCUUUGUGUGAGCCGCUAAUGCUGUGGUAUAAACCAGUGUUCCUCAACCUGCGGUCCACGGGCCGGGUCUGGUCCCUGGGAUGUUGCUUACCAGUCACUUUCCAGUGCUCGUUUUAAUGGAAGUGGUCAACCAGGGAAGAAUGGUAAUUUUACAUAUACAGUAGUUUUGCAGCCCCCUGGUCCAAAAAAAGGUUGAGAAACACUGGUAUCAAGGUUGGUGUCGAUUCCAUUUCAAUUAGAUCAAUUCAGGAAAUUAACAGAAAUUCCAAUUCCAAUGUUCCUUAUUGUUUCUUACUGAAUUGAGAUAAUGUUAAUGGAAUUGACCCCAACCCUGCCAGGUAUGGUAAGUAUGAUUCUGAAACCAACAGGAGCCAAGGCUUAUACAUGUUUUCCUCCUCAUUGUUGAUAAAAGGCUACUUGGCUGAAAACGUCAAUGGAUUUGACCUGACCCUCCUCUCCAAAGCUAAUGAGAAAUAACAAGCCGAGUCAUUUAUAGGUUACUGACUGGUCUGGUGCAGUGAAAUGACACUGAGGGAAAUUUCCAUGAAGAAAAUAAGGAGCAGUGUAGAGUAUGUUGUUUAAGAUGUCGUCUGAGAAAUUGCUGGCCUGUUUUAUUUGAAUGGCCUAAUCCUCUUUAGGGUUAGGAAAGAUGGUUGCUCUCUCCCCCUCUCCGUGCCCCACUAUUCCUUCGCUCUCUCUCUCUGUCUCUCUCUGUCAUGUGUUUAUUUAUCCAUCAUCUUUAAUCUAGAACCCCUUCUCCCCUCCCUCCCACAGAUUUGCACAGUAAAGUACAUUCUUGGCAGUAGCAGUGACAUUUCCCAUCAUGCAUUUGGGUACAUUUGUUUGAUGGUUGUGUGUCAGAUGUUGACUUUGGUGGAUUGUAAAGUUGGCCACUUUCUAUCAUGAUUUAUUUUGCCUUCAAAACAAAAGCAGCUGAGCCAAGUGCUUGUCCUGGGAUACACAGAGAGCAGUAGUGAUAGAUACUGUAUUCUAGGGUGAAGUAUGGAGAUAUACUGUAUUUCUGUCAAUGUUGUAAAUGACAACAUUUUGACAGAAAUCUACCUCUAUUGUGAUGCUUGGACAUUGUUUUAGAUGCACAGACCCAAGAGUGUUUGUUUUCACCAUUCCUUGAUUAGCGCAAACGCUAGCCAAGGCCAUCUGACAUAUUAAUAAACCCGUUAAUAAAUCUGUUAAUAAACAAUUAGCUCUACACAAAAGAAGCCCCAAAACAAAUUCGUCAAGCACUUUUUAAUUUAUGCAGAAUGUAUGGGAACGUAAUUAUGCAGUCAUUCUCAGGGGGUACUUCCUGUAUCGCUGCUCAUUCGAAUGUUAUGGAUGACAACACUGGAGGAUUGUGGGUAGGAGGAGGCACACAUCUGUAUGUCGUCUGACAUAGUAUCUCGAAUUAUUAACCACACAUACAAACGCAAAAUUCAUCUGCCCCCGAAUUUCAUGGCCAGAACCUUGGGGCCGUAUGAUAUAAUUGACUAAUUAUGCAGUUAUUAUAGUCCAAUGUAGCACAAGGCUAUUUGUUUAUGAGCUGUUUUUAAGCCAACCGUCUGUCCAUGUCUGUAUUCAGACUGCCAUCCAAAUGGGUUUAGAGGGAGAAGCGAGGGAGAGAGAGAGCCUGCCUGAGGUGUUUGUGGCAAUGGACGGGUUUGUAUGUCAGUGUUACACUGCACUUUUACACAGAGACGGAGAGAGCGAAAGAAAGAGAGAAUAGAUUGCAGUUUCACCACACUAUCCUUUCUCCCCUGCGUCAUGAGUCAGAAUAGAACCAGGAAGUACAGAGAGAUGUAGAUGGGAAGAGGGAGAAAGAGAAAGGGAGGGAGGGUAAAACUUCAAAGGGAAAGAGCGAGACCGGCUUUUUAUAGGCGCAGCAGAAAAGCCUGUUUAAAUUCAGCCUCCAUGGAAUCCUGUGAAAAUGCAGUAAGAAAGUGCCUGUAGUAGGGAAGCAGGGAUAUCUAGCUUCCAGUAUUUACUGAGGAGCAUGCAGGAAGCAAAGUGCUGUAGAGGGGGACAUGGAGAAGGGGUGUCGCAGUCUCUCUGGAUGGAAGUCCAAAGGCUAAAGUAACAGUGUGACUGGGAUUGACUCCAUAUUGUAAUCCCCCAUUGGUCCUGUGAACCCUUACAUUUACAUUUACAUCAUUUAGCACACACACAAACACACUCCACACUAAAAGCAUGUCGCUGUGUGUUGGCCAAACAGUGUGUUUCUUGCAUUACACCACAACUCAUGCGGAAAGGUAGUCUGGGUCAAGGAGGGGGUGCCCAGAUAAGAGGCUUGGAUCUUAAUACCCCAAACCCCUCCUCCUCCUCCAAAUAUUCACUGCCCCACUACCCUAAUACCGUUUACUGUUUUCCGGAGGGGGGGGGCAAAGCUGGUCACAGCUACCCCUGCACUGAUUAGAUAAGGGGGAAGAGGGUCUGGCGAAUGGGUCCUCCUGGUUGGUCAGAGGAGAGCGGGUAAACAUUGUGAUUGGGUGACGGGACAGAGGGGUCCUCUCUGUCGCCAGCCGGGGAAGGGGGUCUCCUGUUUGUGUGGGGAUUAUGGCUCGGCGAUUGGGCACGCUCCCAGGACUCUGCAGCUGUUCCACAGAGUGAGGGAGAGAGAGAGAGAGGAUGGAAGGGGGAGGGGCGUCUCGCCUCCAAGUCUCUCGACGUUAAGAGAGGUUAGCAGUGCUCAUCUUGUGCGUACAGUACGUGUGUGUAUGCCGGCCUGUGUGUGUCAAGGAGCCUGUACUCUCACACACUCCACUCCGGUCUUGCUGUCCUGGCUGUAGUCUGUCAGUCAGAGGAGAAGUGAGUGGAAGCAGGUUGAAGUCGCUUUGCAUUGGUCUCGGUUACUCCUGAAGGACUUAAACAAAUAUCUCUCUCUCACUCUCUACUACAGUCUAUCGAUUUCCUUUUCUUGACUACAUUGCUUUCUGCCAUUCAUCUGGACUCAAUACGGUCUUGGAAGGAGAAGAUUGGGAUUUUGGAAUGGUGACAUUCCAACAUCGGGAAACCCCCUUUUUUUUGUUGUAGGAUUUAGGCUUUAUCUAUAUACUAUAUACUAUGUAAGCGUCAGUUUUUUUGUUUUGUAGUGGAGGAAACUGAUAAUUUUAGGACCGAACUUCAUAUCAUCCGCAGAUUCUUGCCGUUUGGGGGACCCGCCACUAUUGUCUCCCAUCCGCUGUGUAGCGAGAUCAAAGGGAAAUCCACACCUCGGCUGCUGCUCUAGUAGAGAGAGAGGACGAUAAUGGGGAGAAAAGGAUGAAUGAGCGGCCAUCUUUGAGUGCUUUUCUUUCAUUUUUACGAAUGGAGCAUUGGAGCACUGGGGAUUUAGGGCUAUCUACUGUUGGGUUGGAGUCGGAAGUGUUGGGCUGAUCUGUGUGUGAGGACACACACACACACACACACAGGUUCUGUGUUGUGGUGGCUACCAGAGAUGGAGGUGAUGGCGUCUUGCUGGAGGGGCCAGGUAAACGAUUCCAGAGCCAUUGAUGGAAUGCACAGUAUGUAUCUCUGUCUAUGACUGAGUGGUACUAAGUGAUAAGGUGUGUGAGGUGUUGGUCUCACUCUGGCAAAUGGAGUUCAGAGAGCAUCAACUCAACUGUCUGCCCUACGAUGAGGAGAGGUAUGGAAAGAGUAGGAGAAAGUGAUAAAGGAUGAGGUUGGUUCAGUACUAAAGGCUCCUGUUGGUUUUUGUGCGUGUGUGUGUGCCGUGUGUGUUUGGCCGUUGCCUGUGUGUGUGAACUGUUGCUGUGUGUCUGUAGGAGGAGCAGGCAGCCAAAGUGAAGGCCGAGAAGAUCCGAGUGGCCCUGGAGAAAAUCAAGGAGGCGCAAGUCAAAAAGGUACGGUUAUGACCUAACCAAUGUACAAUAGUAUACACACACAGUGAUUUUUUGCACUUGUAUUUUCACAGUAUGUGCUGUACACUCCCAUUGUGAUACACAGUUCCAUAAGAUCCUCUCCUCCAUAUCUGCUUCAGAUUCACUGCGUGAACUAACUUCAUUCAGAGAGAUGCAGCGAAGUGCUAAGAAAAUAGGUCAUUGCAGUGUUUGUGUGUGCCUGUGUGUGUGUGCCUGUCUCUGUGUGUGUGUGUGUGUGUGUGUGAAAGAGAGUGAGAACAAGAGACAAUCAGACAUUUUGCACUGGCAUCCGUAAGACAGUUUAUUCUUUGGGUUGAUUAAAACAAGUCUUGUUUCGUGAACAACUGGGGUCCUUUGUUUGCACUGUGUUCCAGUCAGUGAAUUGGUUCUGCGAGCCACACCAGGCACCAGUUUCAGGCCAUGGGGCUUGAAUGAAGUGCAACUGCUCUAAAUGAAACGGCUCCAUUGAACACAGUGAUGUGCUCUUAUUCUCCCAGUACAUUAUUAUGGAGAGAGUAGACCCACCAUUUCAGCCCACACUGACUGACUGAGCCAGCUGCUAGAUCAAAUUGAUCAAUUUUAGCAUAAAAAUACACUAGAUAUUAGCAAGCAAAGAUUGUGCCCUUCAAAUAUGUUGGUGUAUAACACCACUGUAGAUAUAGUAUGUUAAGUGUAUAGAACACAGAAAAAUAUGUAACAUUUUGUGAAUGUUGCUUUGAAGCUGUGUAUUUUUGAAUUUGUUCUACACUGCUCAAAAAAAUAAAGGGAACACUAAAAUAACACAUCCUAGAUCUGAAUGAAUGAAAUAAUCUUAUUAAAUACUUUUUUCUUUACAUAGUUGAAUGUGCUGACAACAAAAUCACACAAAAAUUAUCAAUGGAAAUCAAAUUUAUCAACCCAUGGAGGUCUGGAUUUGGAGUCACCCUCAAAAUUAAAGUGGAAAACCACACUACAGGCUGAUCCAACUGAUGUAAUGUCCUUAAAACAAGUCAAAAUGAGGCUCAGUAGUGUGUGUGGCCUCCACGUGCCUGUAUGACCUCCCUACAAUGCCUGGGCAUGCUCCUGAUGAGGUGGCGGAUGGUCUCCUGAGGGAUCUCCUCCCAGACCUGGACUAAAGCAUCCGCCAACUCCUGGACAGUCUGUGGUGCAACGUGGCGUUGGUGGAUGGAGCGAGACAUGAUGUCCCAGAUGUGCUCAAUUGGAUUCAGGUCUGGGGAACGGGCGGGCCAGUCCAUAGCAUCAAUGCCUUCCUCUUGCAGGAACUGCUGACACACUCCAGCCACAUGAGGUCUAGCAUUGUCUUGCAUUAGGAGGAACCCAGGGCCAACCGCACCAGCAUAUGGUCUCACAAGGGGUCUGAGGAUCUCAUCUCGGUACCUAAUGGCAGUCAGGCUACCUCUGGUGAGCACAUGGAGGGCUGUGCGGCCCCCCAAAGAAAUGCCACCCCACACCAUGACUGACCCACCGCCAAACCGGUCAUGCUGGAGGAUGUUGCAGGCAGCAGAACGUUCUCCACGGCGUCUCCAGACUCUGUCACGUCUGUCACAUGUGCUCAGUGUGAACCUGCUUUCAUCUGUGAAGAGCACAGGGCGCCAGUGGCGAAUUUGCCAAUCUUGGUGUUCUCUGGCAAAUGCCAAACGUCCUGCACGGUGUUGGGCUGUAAGCACAACCCCCACCUGUGGACGUCGGGCCCUCAUACCACCCUCAUGGAGUCUGUUUCUGACCGUUUGAGCAGACACAUGCACAUUUGUGGCCUGCUGGAGGUCAUUUUGCAGGGCUCUGGCAGUGCUCCUCCUGCUCCUCCUUGCACAAAGGCGGAGGUAGCAGUCCUGCUGCUGGGUUGUUGCCCUCCUACGGCCUCCUCCACGUCUCCUGAUGUACUGGCCUGUCUCCUGGUAGCGCCUCCAUGCUCUGGACACUACGCUGACAGACACAGCAAACCUUCUUGCCACAGCUCGCAUUGAUGUGCCAUCCUGGAUGAGCUGCACUACCUGAGCCACUUGUGUGGGUUGUAGACUCCGUCUCAUGCUACCACUAGAGUGAAAGCACUGCCAGCAUUCAAAAGUGACCAAAACAUCAGCCAGGAAGCAUAGGAACUGAGAAGUGGUCUGUGGUAACCACCUGCAAAACCAGUCCUUUAUUGGGGGUGUCUUGCUAAUUGCCUAUAAUUUCCACCUGUUGUCUAUUCCAUUUGCACAACAGCAUGUGAAAUGUAUUGUCAAUCAGUGUUGCUUCCUAAGUGGACAGUUUGAUUUCACAGAAGUGUGAUUGACUUGGAGUUACAUUGUGUUGUUUAAGUGUUCCCUUUAUUUUUUUCAGCAGAAGCGUCCCUAAUGGCACCCUAUUCCCUAUAUAGUGCACUACUUUUGACCAAAAGUAAUACACUAUAUAGGGAAUAGGGUGCCUGCCAUUUGGGACUCAUCCCAUGACUGUGGAUGUAGGUCAAACUCAAUGGAUGCCCAUGUCUAGGGCACAGUCGCUUCCUGGCUGCUGUUUGGUUUAGAGAUCUAUUUGAUCGGCUCUACUGACUUAGUGAUUGGAUGUUGUGGUCCCUGAGGGAGGGGAUUUGUGGGCCCUUCCAGGGGUGCUGGCUGUGUUUUGCUCCCUACCAUGUCAUACACAAAAUAAAUAUGUUUUAUUGUCACAUACACCAGAUGGGUGCAGUGAAAUGUGUUGUUUUACAGGGUCAGCCAUAGAAGUACGGCACCCCUGGAGCAAAUUAGGGUUAAGUGCCUUGCUCAAAGGCACAUUGACAGAUUUUUCACCUUGUCGGCUCGGGUAUUUGAACCAGCAACCUUUUGGUUACUGGCCCACCACUCUAACCACUAGGCUACCUGCCGCCUACACUCACACUGCUGGGGCUAUGGGAUCCCGGUUGUGUCACAAGGGGGAUUUUGUUGCAGUGGUCUUAGAUAAGGCUGAAGCCUAUGGGGUGCAUUCAAUGGACCAAACCAGCGCUGGAGACAAGGAAUGCAGCAGAACAGGGGCCUGAAUUUGUUGAACAUUGUAUACGUUAGAUAUGUUUUAUAGAUGGCAACAUGAAGACAUGACUAAGUUCAAUUGAAGACCGUUUCAAUCUUUGGAGCCAUUACCAGUUUAGAUCCACUUGCUAAAUACACUGUGGCUGCAUCCAAAAUGGCACCCUAUUCCCUAUAUACAGUAGUUGCACUACUUCAAAAGUAGCGCACUAUAUAGGGAAUAGGGUGCCAUUUUGGAUGCAGUCUGUAUUUAACCAGCAUGUUGUGACACCAUACUACACACUGUCACAUAUGGUGCAUAUCACAGGUUCAAAUCACAUCCUCAAUAGUUGUCCUAGGGGGAACUGAAACAUCCCUCUUAAAUUGAUUUCAUAUCAACAAUUAUGUUAUGAAGUAGGCUGGUCCAAGAUCUGUUUAUGCUCUUGCUAACCUUGUCCCCAGGCUCAAGUAUCUGGUGCAUAGAGCCUGGUAACACUGUGCAAUUAAGUGGGACUUGAAAGGGGUGUGAUUUAAAAUUGAGGCAGGAGAGGGAGUGAGCCUGCUACAGCUAUAUUAGAUUGAAAAAUGGCAAAUCGCCAAUCAAAAUAAACGUUAUCACAUUGACCAUAAUAUUUUGAGGAAGCCCAAUUGAUUCUGAGUUAGGGCAUAUCACGUUUUUAUGUGUGAACUAUUUCUAAGAUGCGUACUUUCAGAUUUUCCAAACUCACUUCCUUGUUUAAAUAAAUCACUUCUGCUGCUCGUGCUUUGAAGUCCACAAUGUAGGGGGGAGAUUUGAAGGGUUAUGCUAGAUGGUGAUGGACUAAGAGAUCAGCCUAUUAAAACCAGCGGUUGUUUAGUCCGCUCCUGCCUUCCAGUCAAGUCCCGUUCUGAGGCGCUGUAAAACCCGACAGUUCAACCGAGAGGGAGCCAGCUGGUGGACGAGAUGAAGCUCUUGCUAACUCCAUUGUCAUCAUUCUCAAGCCAAACAUUCGUUAUGACAACGUUUUGGCAUGAUGGCACAAACAGACUGGCACUCAGGCUAGUGAGAACUGUUUCUAUACAAAGAGGCUGACCAUUCUGCACCUCUUCCUCUUUCUCCUCAUCCCUCUUCGUCUUCCUCCUCAGCUGGUGAUCCGGGUGCACAUGUCGGACGAGAGCUCCAAGACCAUGAUGGUGGACGAGAGACAGACUGUCAGACAGGUGCUGGACAGCCUGCUGGACAAGUCCCACUGUGGCUACAGCCCCGACUGGUCACUGGUGGAGACCAUCAACGAGCUGCAAAUGGGUAUGGAUAUACUGGCAGACAGAGACUGGCAAAGAUACUGGGAGAGAGUGAGAUAUUGGGGAGAUACGGAGUUAUACUGGGAGAGAGUGAGAGAUACUGGAGACACUGAGGGUGAGUGAGAUAUUGAGGAUGAUACUGGUGGAUAUACAAGGGGGAAACUUGGUGGGAGAUAUUGGGAGAGAGUGAAGCAUACUGGAGAAGUACUGUGAGACAAAUGUGGACACUUGGACAGUGUCAACUCUGACAGUGUCAACUUGUAGUGUUGUCUAGGUAGUAGCUAGUAUUGUAUCCGUUUGUGUUUUCAAGACUGUCCGUGAGUGUCUCUGUAACUGUUGGUCUGUCUGUCUAUGUGAUUGAGUGAGGCAGGGGACGGGCGCCCAGCCUUUAGAAUGCUAGAGGAAGCACUCGUGGUAGGUGCAGGCAGCAUGGUUGAUUUAGGCUGCGUCACACAUGGCGCCCUUUUCCUUCUAUAGUGCACUACCUUUGACCAGAUCAUGCUUAGUCUGGAUUGAACCAUGUCUCACACACACUCCCUCUCUCGCUCUGUCCUCAGAGCGGAUCUUUGAGGACCAUGAGAACUUGGUGGAGAACCUACUGAAUUGGACCAGAGACAGCCACAACAAACUGAUGUUCAUCGAGCGCAUCGAGAAAUACGCCCUCUUCAAGAACCCCCAGGUAAGACCUUGGAACUAGGAAACCUUCCCAAUGUGUUGUGUGUGUGUGUACACUACUCACACAGCUUCAGUGUAGAGUACACACACACAUUUCUUAUGCAUGCUAAGAGCCCUUGAGAGAGUGUGUGUUUAAGAAGUAGGUCACAGCUCUGGCAAUAAGUGACUGAAUAAUGCAUUGGACAUGAGAAGGCUAAGUGAGCCAGGUCGCCUGGAGGAGUGUGUGAUCUGCUGUUUUCAACUCUUGUCUAUUUCUCCUUUGCUUUCCUCUCCACCUCUGUUUAUUUUUCUCCUUCUCUCUGUUUUCCCCACUUAUAUACAGAACUACUUGUUGGGGAGGAAGGAGACCUCUGAAAUGGCCGAUAGGAAUAAAGAGGCCCUGCUAGAGGUGAGACACAGACAGACAGAUGCAUGCUCUCUCUCUCUCUCUCUCUCUCUCGCUCUCUCUCUCUCACCCCCUUCAAUUACACUAAUAACGAUGAUGUGUUUGUGCAGGAGUGUUUCUGUGGCAGCUCGGUGUCAGUACCAGAAAUAGAGGGACUCCUCUGGCUGAAGGAGGAUGGGAAGAAGUCGUGGAAGAAACGAUACUUUCUACUGCGCGCAUCAGGAAUCUACUACGUGCCCAAAGGCAAAGCCAAGGUUAGCCACCCACUGAAUACGCGAAUCAUAAACACUUUGUGACAACUGCUGAUGUAAAAAGGGCUUUAUAAAAUACAUUUGAUUGAAUAGUGUGUGUGCGUGUGUCCAUGAAUUUGUGUAUGGGGUUCACAUGUUGUCAGUUAUGAGAAACAGAUCCACACCAACUCUCUGGUAUUUCCUGUUUCUGGAUAUGAUGACACAGGACUCCACAGGGACCGAACCGCGCACAUGCCUCCUCUCCUAUUGCAUCAUGGGUCAUUGGUUACCCCAGGAGACCAAUAUUUCUCAACCGCAGCCCCAUGUUGUGGAUAUAUGCUUUAGCUUUUAACCCAGGGUCGUGUUCAGAAGGCAUGAAUCGGAAGUAAACCUUGGACUUGUUUUCCCAUUCUGUGCCUAUUGAAAAUGCCUCAGGCCAAUUGGGGGGUAGAGGUAAGAACCUUAAUUUGUGUCCCACUUCCUCAUCGUUUACCUUUUCCCUUUCUUGUCCUCUCUGAUUAUCCCAUCGGUCGUCUCCUUUUUUAUGUAUAUGCAGUGCCACCUUGUGGUGUGUUAAUUCUGUGAACCAGAAAUCUGAUAAGGUUUGUCGCGUUGGCCUCCCGAGUGGCGCAGCGGUCUAAGGCACUGCAUCGCAGUGCUAGAGGCGUCACUACAGACCCAGGUUCUAUCCCGGGCUGUAUCACAACCGGCCGUGAUCGGGAGUCCCAUACGGCGGCGCACAAUUGGCCCAGCGUCGUCCGGGUUAGGGGAGGGUUUGGCCGGGGGGGCUUUACUUGGCUCAUCGCGCUCUAGCGACUCCUUGUGGUGGACUGGGCGCCAGCAGGCUGACGUCGGUCGUCAGUUGAACGGUGUUUCCUCCGACACAUUGGUGCAGCUGGCUUCCUGGUUAAGCGGGCGGGUGUUAAGAAGUGCGGUUUGGCGGGUCAUGUUUCGGAGGACGCAUGACUCGACCUUCGCCUCCCGAGCCCGUUGGGGAGUUGCAGCAAUGAGACAAGAUCGAAAUUGGGGAGAAAAAGGGGGGUAAAAUACACCAAAAAAAAUGAAACAUACAAAAAUAUACGAUUUGUCACGUUGAGUUGUUGCAACACAUACACACACCACUAAAAGCCUGUCACUGUGUGUUGGCCAAACAGUGCAUAUUUCAACCUCUACUUGAAUUAAUACCUUAUCAAACCAGUUUUGCCUCUCUAAGCAUGGGCCUUGGCCAGUCUGGAACCAAUUAUAUGUCAAGAUAUCUCCACUCACUCUCCUCUCUCUCCCUCCAUAUAGACUUCUCUAGUCUAAAGCCUCAGACAAUUUAUUAAUUACAUUUUUUUUUUGAAAAUCAGUCUUCCUUUUAAUUUACUGCUGUUGAGAGUUGUAAUAGUAGACGGCACAAGGAGUAUUUAGAAAUGUGGUAGUGCGUGGACAGUUCUCCUCUUAUGUCAUUCACUGACAGACCUUAGAGCAGUGGUUCCCAAACUGUGGGGCACGUCCCCGUCGGCCGCGCCACCCCCUUUUUUUUUUUUUUUAAUUUUUUUUAAAAGGAACUCAGUCCGGCUUUAAACUUACUCUUGAAAGUUGUAAUAGUAGAAUGCACAAGGUGCAAUUUUGAAAUUGGGUAAUGCAUCAUCAGUUCCUCUUGUCAUGUUAGUCUUGCAUACCUUAGAGAGCUAUUUAUAACUUGUCAGAAAUGUACAGAUCAACUAGCCCAUGUCAGCUAUUCUUUUUGCCCAUAUAUAUUGUUGAAUACACAUUAGACAUGGCAAAAUGUAUAGAAUUGCAAGAAAAUUUGCUUUAAAACUGCAAAAUUGUCUUUGCACCCCAUGAAAAAAUGUGUAGAAUUGCAGGAAAUGAGCUUUAAAACUACAAAAUGUUAUUUCCGCCAAGAAGGGUGGUGUGAACAGUUUGGGGUUGCAUGGGUCGCGAGGUUAGGGUUUGUUACUAUGCCGAUAAAUGACAAUAUCCCAAUCUUUGCCACCUAGGAAAUGUGUGUGACCGGACCUUCUCAAAUAGUAUUUCUGUACCCCUGCAAUAUAUUAUAUAAUCAAUCAUAUCUCAAUAUAUCAAUCCUCUCUCCCUCCAUAUAGGCCUCCAGGGACCUGGUAUGCUUUCUCCAGCUGGACCACGUUAAUGUGUAUUACGGCCAGGACUACCGCAGCAAGUACAAGGCCCCCACAGACUACUGCCUGGCCCUCAAGGUAAGCCAACCCCCCCCCCCCCCCCCUUUCACCUAAUGGUACACUCCACUUCUGCUCCUUCUAGAGAAUUGAUUAGCGACAUGGCCUAACCCAUUUUUAUACAAGGGGUGGCACAUUUUUAGAGUAGGGAUGUUGCGGUGAGCCUGGACAAGCCCAUUAAGAUGGAUCUGUUGUGUGAGUGGAUGUGGUCCCAGGGGCUUGUCUAGGUAAUGACAUCCUGUGAGGCCCUAACACCAAUGCCCUGUCCACUUAAUAGGACCAUUACCAUGCCAUUAUGAUCGGCAUACUGGACAGAUGUCAAACUCAUCUGCCACUUUCAGCCUGUCUCUACUCCACUUCUUAUUAAAAGCACAGACCCUAAAAAACACCAAAAAUAAGUGUUAAGGCGCCACUCUCCUAUGUUAUUAAUGUCGAUCCACCUAUUUAUAGCUGUAGUCAAACCAACAGGCACAAAGGCUUUGGAAUCAAUGUCUUUACCGGAACGAUCAGGGCCGGUCCUGGCUGUUCUGCCGCCCGAGGCAAGACAAAAACAUUGUCGCCCUCAGUAAAACUAGAAUAGUCCCAGUAAGGAAAAUGACUUUGAGAAGACAUCUAAAAUACGUGUUUUCCAGACGUUGGAAGUUAGGUUCAAUUUAGGUGCUGAAUGAACGUUGAAAAUGCGUAUUUUGCAGACGCUGAAAAUACACUACCGGUCAAAAGUUUUAGAACACCCACUCAUUCAAGGGUUUUUCUUUAUUUUUACUGUUUUCUACAUUGUAGAAUAAUAGUGAAGACAUCAAAACUAUGAAAUAACACAUGGAAUCAUGUAGUAACCAAAAACGUGUUAAACAAAUCAAAAUAUAUUUUAUAUUUGAAAUUCUUCAAAUAGCCACCCUUUGCCUUGAUGACAGCUUUGCACACUCUUGGCAUUCUCUCAACCAGCUUCACCUGGAAUGUUUUCCAACAGUCUUGAAGGAGUUACGACUCAUCCCAAACCAUCUCAAUUUGGUUGAGGUCGGGGGAUUGUGGAGGCCAGGUCAUCUGAUGCAGCACUCCAUCACUCUCCUUCUUGGUCAAAUAGCCCUUACACAGCCUGGAGGUGUGUUGGGUCAUUGUCCUGUUGAAAAACGAAUGAUAGUCUCACUAAGCCCAAACCAGAUGGGAUGGCGUAUCGCUGCAGAAUGCUGUGGUAGCCAUGCUGGUUAAGUGCGCCUUGAAUUCUAAAUAUAUCACUAACAGUGUCACCAGCAAAGCACCCCCACACCGUAACACCUCCUCCUCAAUGCUUUACGGUGGGAACCACACAUGCGGAGAUCAUCCGCUCACCCACACCACGUCUCACAAACCAAAACCAAAAAUCUCCCAUUUGGACUCCAGACCAAAGGUCAAAUUUCCACUGGUCUAAUGUCCAUUACUCGUGUUUCUUGGCCCAAGCUUCUUAUUGGUGUCCUUUAGUAGUGGUUUCUUUGCAGCAAUUCGACCGUGAAGGCCUGAUUCACACAGUCUCCUCUGAACAGUUGAUGUUGAGAUGUGUCUGUUACUUGAACUCUGAAGCAUUUAUUUGGGCUGCAAUUUCUGAGGCUGUUAACUCUAAUGAACUUAUCCUCUGCAGCAGAGGUAACUCUGGGUCUUCCAUUCCUGUGGCGGUCCUCAUGAGAGCCAGUUUCAUCAUAGCGCUUGAUUGUUUUUGCGACUGCACUUGAAGAAACUUUCAAAGUUCUUGAAAUGUUCCGUAUUGACUGACCUUCAUGUCUUAAAGUAAUGAUGGACUGUUGUUUCUCUUUGCUUAUUUGAGCUGUUCUUGCCAUAAUAUGGACUUGGUCUUUUACCAAAUAGGGCUAUCUUCUGUAUACCCCCCUACCUUGUCACAACACAACUGAUUGGCUCAAACGCAUUAAGAAGGAAAUAAAUUCCACAAAUUCACUUUUAAGAAGGCACACCUGUUAAUUGAAAUGCAUUCCAGGUGACUACCUCAUGAAGCUGGUUGAGAGAAUGCCAAGAGUGUGCAAAGCUGUCAUCAAGGCAAAGGGUGGCUAUUUGAAGAAUCUCAAAUAUAAAAUAUAUUUUGAUUUGUCACUUUGGUCACUACAUGAUUCCAUUUGGGUUAUUUCAUAGUUUUGAUGUCUUCACUAUUACUCUACAAUGUAGAAAAUAGUAAAAAUAAAGAAAAACCCUUGAAUGAGUAGGUGUUCUAAAACUUUUGACUGGUAGUGUAUAUAAUAGUCUGUCUACAUCACUGCAGGUGGGCUGUGACUGUGCUUAUGGAUGUGCUUUGUCACAAUGCUUUUGGCCCAUCUAGUGGACUCGCUAAAUUGAUGUAAAAAAUAUUAACCUUAUGGGUUACCGCCAAAAAUGUACACAGCAUUAUUUACCUGAUAUUUAUUCAGAACCUGCCUGGUGAAAUGGUAAUCAUAACAAUUACACCUCAAUUUCACUUUGGUAGGUGAUGUUUCGGUACAUGCAGGCUACCAAAAGUGUUUUCUAAGUAAAUACCAUCUUGUUUUCAAUACCGUUGUUGAUGCACAGAGUUCUAUUUCAGACACAGGGAAAGCUAUCUUAAGCCCACUUUAAAGGUGCCUUGCGCAAGCCUCCUCCUAGGAACAAAGUGAAACUACAUUUGUUGUGUUGUCAUGGUAACACAUCUGUGUGUUCAGCACCCCCAGAUCCAGAAGAAGUCCCAGUACAUCAAGUAUCUGUGCUGUGACGAUGUCAGGACCCUCCACCAAUGGGUCAACGGCAUUCGCAUCGCCAAGGUAAACCUUAACCUCCACGUAGCUCUUAAACAUGACUAUUAAAGAGGCUAUAUAGAACUUUUGCUCCUGAGCCAAAAGUGGUCCCCUAAACUAAAAGCUUCUUUAAAACAAAAGUUACUUUCCCCUAAAACUAAAGAUUUGUGUUUUACAAGAUAAGACAUUGGUAAAUAUUAUAUAAUAUAUUUAUAUGAACCAUACAACCAAAGUACAAAAUUCGAUGUAAACAAUUAAAUAAACAACUGUGACCUCUCUCUUUCCCCCACGGUGGUGUAGUACGGGAAACAGCUGUAUGUGAACUACCAGGAGGCCAUGAAGCGCACGGAGGCGGCCUACGACUGGUCCUCCCUCUCCACCUCCAGUAUCCGCUCGGGCUCCAGCUCCGGCUCAGCCAGUCUGCCCGGUGAGUCAGCCUUCCAGGGCUUAGCUUGGUAACCAUGAUCUUAAAUUGAGGUCAAUUUGAAUUCAGUCGAUUCAGGAGAGAGAUUGAUAUGCUGUUAAUUAAUUGAUUGCCCGUUAUUUUCAAUGACAACUUUUCGAUUCAAUUUCUGAAUUGGAGUUCAGAUUGACCACAACCCCUGUCUAGCAGUAGGUACAUUGAUUCUAGUUCUGAUCUUGAAUCAGUUCUUGUGGCUUUGAGGGUACACGAUAAAGCUCUAGUUUAACUAUAGACAUGUGGAUUCACCCUUUUUUUACACAUUCACUCCCAUUACUCAAAUCUGCAAAAGACGGAGUACUGGCAGGUAGGAGCGUUGGGCCAGUAACCGAAAGGUUGCUGAAUCGAAUUCCCGAGCUGACAAGAUAGAAAUCUGUCAUUCUGCCCAUGAGCAAAUCACUUAACCCACUGUUCCCCGGGCGCCGAUGAUGUGGAUGUUGAUUAAGGCAGCCCCCCGCACCUCUCUGAUUCAGAGGGGUUGAGUAAAAUGCGGAAGACACAUUUCAGUUGAAUGCAUUGUUGUACAACUGACUAGGUAUCCCCCUUUCCCUAAUAUGGCGGUUCGGUGGCUUCAGAGCCUCUUGUUAGCAAAUGCAUAGGUCAGCAAUCUAGUGUUUAUAUGCUCCGGGGUGAAGUUUCCCCCUAGGUACAGAUCUAGGAUCAGCUUGCCCAAUCCUAACCUUAACCAUUAGUGGGGAAAAUGCAACACUGACCCAAGAUCAGCAUCUAGCGGCAAAUUCACCCUGCUCUGUGUUUAUUGAGUCUAACAUGCUCUCUCCCAUGACUGUGUGUGUGUCCUCCAGAGUCCCAGUCGAACCACUCGGGCCAGUCAGACAGUGGAGUGGACACGGCCUCCAGCCACGGGCGCUCCCAGAGCGUGGUUAGCUCUAUCUUCUCUGAGGCCUGGAAGAGAGGAACUCAGAUGGAGGAGAACACCAGGGUGAGUCCUUCUCCCCUUUGACCUCUCCUCUUCACUCCAAUAUAUCCCUCCUUUGUAUUUUCUCCUUUUCUCUCUCUCUCCAUUACAUCCCUCCUUUCACCUCUUCUCUUUGUCUCUUUUCAGUGUAUAACCAUCAGAUUCUUUACUGUAAUGAUUGAUUUUGUCUCAAUCUGAAGUUUUUUCCUUUCUGUCUUUGCUUGAAAUUUUCUUUCACUCUCUGCUGGUGCUACUAAGGUGCUGCUUUAGGGUAACACUUUAUUUUGAUAGUCUGUAAAGCAUCUACAGAUCAGUUACAUUUCAACCAGGGCCGGCGCCAGAACAAAUCAGUUGGACGCCUUUUGAUUUCCGUAGGGGGCCAAGUUUUUUUGCGGGACCUCCUUCCCGUGAAAAACUAGAACCGCUUGUCUUCGAGGGACCCCUAAUUAGUUUAUGUUACUGUUUAUUUAAAAACAAAAAAACACUGACAUUUUAUUUGUGGAGUGCCUUUGUUACAACUAUGAAACAGAAAGCAUAUGUUGGAAUACGGUAACAGCUUUUUAUAACGGCAAAACAAUAUAUAAUAUCCCAACCACCAAGAUGCACAGUCAAAUUAUGAAUGCACGGUCAAAUUAUGAAAACAUUAGUUGCCUUGUCAUUAUAAGCGCGAAGAGUGCUUGAUAAAUAGUGAAAAUCGGCACAAAAGCUUAAAUGGCAUUCUAAUGAAUAUAUGACCGCAGUCAAAAAUAGUAAAUGAUUGUCAGCUCGUGCUUACAAGGUGUGCGUCUUCACGCAAUGGCUGAAGUUGGAGCAUGUCCAUGUCACAUAAACAACGAAAGCUGGUGUGUGCGAGCUGAUGUGGUUUUUUGCUUGAGAUGUUGGGCCUGCUCUCUUAUGACAUUUUGUGCUGAUAAUCAGCCAGUAGCAUUGUCACCGGCUUGUUCUAUCCAAACGGUGCCGUCCCUUCCUUUCUCCUGUCUCUCCGUUUUCAUUUGGUGGUGGCGCGGGCACUUGCUCAGUGCGCACCGUUUUGGCUUUUUUGCACUUAGGCCUUGGAGGGUUAGGUUUAGGCUGAGGCUCAGAAUCAGAAGAAUAAUCAUCAGAGAUGUCAUCAUGAUUAAUUUCUUCCCCACCAUCUGAGUGGUUUGAUUCAAAUUGUGUAGCAACGCUAACGCUGCAUGUGCAUCCAUUCAUCUUGGUCUCCUUGCCUUUUGUAAAUGAUGGCCGCUCUCACUGUGUACUCCAAGUAGGCCAGAGUAGACUGAUAAGACUGCUUGGAUUCGGUGGACUGAUAUAGGGUACAUACCAUUUUGAGAUUAUAUAAUUAGAAUAGAUCAAUACAAUAGAAUGGCUCGCCCUGUUCUUCAUUUACAAUUGGUGGUUACAUAAUUAUGCAUUGUUCGCUUCAACCUCGUUCAUCAACUCCCCAUUUUGCCCCUUUCUUCCUCAUCAUACUUUACUUCCCUUCAUUUAUUUCAUCUGUUAUAUGUGUGAAAUUAGUUUCGGUAUUUGUUCAGUUUCGACGCAAUUAUCGGGGUAAUUGUUAACUGGGCACGGCACCUUUAAUUAUCGGGAGAAGGAGGGGCAACGGGGGAAAGCCAUAAAGAAAAUGACAUGCCCUCCUAACACUGGUUGUAACACCAGUUUGGUUUGUGAUAUUAAGAUUCUAACAACGGCAGUGUGUUUUAUAGACUUAAAACAUGUCAGAGUAAUACAAAUUUUUCCCCCUUUUAAUGUGGCAUGAAUACAACCAGUCAUGAUGUUUUCAACUGAUUUGUCAAACAAAUCACUUUAAAAAGUAGGUUACCUUCACUCAAAAUUAUUCCAGCAUCCAAACCGCCAACUUUCCUUCAAUUUGCAAGUGGCUGAAACUACUAUCUCACCGGAGAAAGCAUCCGAGCGAGCGAAACGGCGCCCCUCUGUUUUACAACGUCAACAAAACGAAGGAGCUGAUCGUGGACUUCAGGAAACAUUAGAGGGAGCACGCCCCCAUCCACAUCGACGGGACUGCAGUGGAGAAGGUGAAAAGCUUCAAGUUCCUCGGCGUACACAUCACUGACAAUCUGAAAUGGUCCACCCACACAGACAGUGUGGUGAAGACGACGCAACAGCGCCUCUUCAACCUCAGGAGGCUGAAUAAAUUUGGCUUGGCCCCAAAGACCAUCACAGACUUUUACAGAUACACCAUUGAGAGCAUCCUUUCGGGCUGUAUCACUGCCUGGCACCUACAGCACCUUAUGUCACAGGAAAGCCAAAAAGAAGGCCAAAAGGAUCAUCAAGUAUAUCAACCACCCGACCACGGCCUGUUCACCCCGCUAUCAUCCAGAAGGCGAGGUCAGUACAGGUGCAUCAAAGCUGGGACCGAGAGACUGAAAAACAGCUUCUAUCUCAAGGCCAUCCAACUGUUAAAUAGCAAUCAGUAGCCGGCUACCACCCGGUUACUCAACCUUGCACCUUAAAGGCUGCUGCCCUAUGUACAUAGACAUGGAAUCACUAGUCACUUUAAUAAUGUUUACAUACUGUUUUACUAAUUUCAUAUGUAUAUACUGUAUUCUAGUCAAUGCCAUCCUACUCAACUAUUGCUGUAUAUAUACUAUUCUAUCCUACAGAUACACUAAGUAUUCCAUCCACAUACUGUCCAUAAUGUCUAUACAUCCCAUCACAUAUAUAUAUAUAUAUAUAUAUAUAUAUAUAUAUAUAUAUAUAUAUAUAUAUAUAUAUAUAUAUAUAUAUAUAUAUAUAUAUAUACAGUGAGCUCCAUAAUUCAUUGGACAGUGACCAUUGUUUUGUUAUUUUGGUUCUGUACUCUAGCACUUUGAGUUUGAAAGGAUACAAUGACAAUGAGCGUGAAGUGCAGACUGUCAGCUUUAAUUUGAGGGUAUUUUCAUACAUAUCGGAUGAACCGUUUAGAAAUGACAGCACCUUUUGUACAUGGUCCCCCCAUUUUAAGGUACUACAAGUAUUUGUUAAAUUGGCUUCACAGAUGUGUGUCGUUAGGCAGGUGUAUUCAUUUGUGUCGUUAGUGAAUGCAGGAGAGCUGUUGAUGAAUAGUAAUGAUUCUAGAUGGCUGCCAGUGGAACAGGCUCACUUGUCUUCAUCGAUGAUGUGACUGCAGACAGAAGUAGAACAAUGAAUUCUGAAGUCUACAGAAAUAUUUUAUCUGCUCAGAUAAAACCAAAUGCCUCCAAACUCAUUGGACUGCACUUAAUCAUGCAACAAGACAAUGACCCUAAACAUACUGCUAGAGCAACAAAGGGGUUUUUGAUGGCCAAAAAGUGGAAAAUCCUUGACUGGCCGAGUCAAUCACCAGAUCUGAAUCCAAUUGAACAUGCAUUUUACAUGCUGAAGAGGAGACUUAAGGCAAUAAGUCCCCGAAACAAGCAGGAACUGAAGAUGGCUGCAGUACAGGCCUGGCAAAGCAUCACCAGGGAAGAUACCCAGCGUCUGGUGAUGGCGAUGCAUCGCAGACUUCAAGCAGUCAUUGCAUGCAAAGGAUAUGCGACCAAAUGUUAACAAUGAUUACUUUAUUCUACAUUAUGUUAAACUGUCCAAUGUUUUUUGAUGCCCGAAAAUGGGGGGGACCAUGUACAAAAGCUUCUAUAAUUCGUAAACGGUUCAUCCGAUAUGUAUGAAAAUACCCUCAAAUUAAAGCUGACAGUCUGCACUUCACCCUCAUUGUCAUUGUAUCCUUUCAAACUCAGAGUGCUAGAGUACAGAACCAAAAUAACAAAAGAAUGGUCACUGUCCAGUGAAUUAUGGAGCUCACUGUAUAUAUUUAUACUCCGGACUCCGACAUUGCUCGUCCUAAUAUUUUCAUAUAUUUCUUAAUUCCAUUAUUUUACUUUUAGAUUUGUGUGUAUUGUUGUGAAUUGUUAGAUAUUGCUGGAGCUAGGAACAUAAGCAUUUCGCUAAACCCCCAAUAACAUCUGCUAAAUAUGUGUAUGCGACCAAUACGAUUUGAAUUUAUUUAUUUAGCCCGUGUAUGUGAUGCUGUCUGACCAAAAAGAGUAUGCCAUACUCUUUUUGUCCAGCCAGCAUCAGAUACAUGGGCUACACAUACUGAGACAGAGGUGCGCUGUUCCGCUCGUUCGGAUGAUUUAUCUGAGAUUUUUGCAUCUUUCUGUAGGCGCACAUCUCGGUCAGAUAAAUGAUCAAUAUUUAAAUAUUUGAUUUGGACGGGCAAGGAGGUACGGUAGGGUGGGCCAGGCCCCCUAAUGCCACUCAUAACGCCGGGGCUGAGUUCAACCAUCUACUAACCCUGAACUUAAACCUAGCCCUGACCUUUAAACCUUAUCCUAACCCUUACCCGAAUCCUUAUUCUAACCGUACCCUUAACAAGCCGUUGCUUAUCAACAGAUAGUCCAUGGUCAUCCUGUGCUCAUUGUGUGUACUCCUCUGUCCCCACACAGAUGAGGGAGUCCACCCGAGGUGCCACCCUCCCCCACCCUGCCCACGCGCACCGCCAGACCCCACAACUGGAGCCCCCUGCCUCGGCAACGCCACCACAGCCACAACAGCAGCCACCUCCCCAGACUCGCAGCAGCUACACCCACACUCUACAGGGGGGUACCUCCGCGCCGCUUCAACAGCAACUGCCCCCCCAGAUCCGCAGCAGUUACACCCAGGUCUUGCCUUCCCUGCCCCCCCAGCCCUCCCCUCCACCACCCCAACAUCCCUCCCCUCCACCACCCCAACAUCCCUCCCCUCCACCACCCCAACAGCUGCCCUUCCAGAUCCGCAGUAGUUACACCCAGGUCUUGCCUUCCCUGCCCCCCCAGCCCUCCCCUCCACCACCCCAACAGCUGCCCCCCCAUAUCCGCAGCAGUUACACCCAGGUCUUGCCCUCUCUGCCCCCCCAGCCCUCCCUUUCACCACCCCCCCAGCCCUCCCUUUCACCACCCCCCCAGCCCGCCCCUCCACCACCCUCCCUGCCCCCCCAGCUUUCUCCACCACCCCAACAGCUGCCCCCCCAGAUCUGCAGCAGUUACACCCAGGUCUUUCCCUCCCUGCCCCCCCAGCCCUUUCCUCCACCACCCCAACAGGACUUUCCUCCACCACCCCAACAGCUGUCCCCUCAGCCCUGCAGCAGCUACAACCAAGCUAUGCCCCCUCCACAACCACCUCCCCCGCCCCCGCCGCCCCCUCCCCCGCCACCCCUGCCUGCCAGCAGCACCCCUCACCAUUCGGGCCCCACCGUGUUUGCCAAGUACAGCACCAUCACCCGGCUGCAGAACCAGAACGCCGCCCACCAGGCCGCCAAUCACCACAGGGCGCAAAACAACCACCAGAGCCCGCCCAGGGCGCCAGCCCAAGCCCCGCCUCCUCCCCAUCAGGCGGCUGUCAAACCGCUGGUCAACAACAUCAAUGUCCCGCCUCCCCCUCCGCCCCCUCCCCCGCCCUCCAUGCCCGCUCUGGGGUCAGCCAUGGCCGCACUCAGGCUCGGGCCCUCCAGCUCGGCCGCCCUGCCCCAGUUCAUCCCACCACCCCCACCGCCGCAGGGCAACAACAUCCCCCCUCCUCCUCCACCCCCCCCAGACCCCAUGCCAGGCCUGUGCCCAUCGCCCUACGGUGCCAACGCCCUCCAGCAGACACUGGCCCAGAAGUUCCCUAGCCCUCCCCCCCAGGACCUCUCUCCCCCCGCUGCCAGACUGGUUGAGUCGCCCCCGGCACCUCCUCCGCCUCCUCCUCCCCCGCCACCUCCCCCUCCUCCCCCGCCACUUCCCCAGCAGCUCUCUGUGCCUGCCCCCCCUCCACCUCCCCAGCAGCAGUACUCACCUGCACCUGCUCCCCCCCCUUCCCUACCCAAAACCUUCUCCCCAGGCUUUCUGCUCCACCACGGUGCCCCGAAGCCCCUCUACCCUGUUUCCCCUCUCCCUCCCGCCCCACCUGCUGUCCCAACUCCUCCCCCACCCCCGCCCCCUCCUCCUCCGGUGUCAAUGAAGAAGCAGCACAGCCUCCAGAUAGGCCACACCCCCAACCAGCCCCCUCCCACCUUUCCCAAGCAGCACAGCCUCUCCAAGCCACCACCCCUGUCCUUCACGGCUCCGCCCACCACCACCUCCCUGGUCAAACAGAUGGCAAGCCAGUUCCCAAGGUCCACACUGUCGACCAAUCACAUUGAGAGCCCCAAAGCCCCCCUGUCCCCUCCUGCGGUGAAGGCCAAACCAAAAUGGCAGCCAGGCGGUGGACAGGCCCAGCAACAGGCCUCUGAGUUCCCCCCACCCCCUUCCGAGAGCAGCCUGCCUUUCCCUCCCCCUCCCCCGCCUCCCCCGCCUCCACCUGCUCCGGUCACCGGUCCUGUCCCCCCUGCUCCACCUCCCCCUCCCAUCACUGGCCCCACCCCUCCGCCUCCCCCUCUCCCCCCCGGCAACCUGGGCUCGCCCCUGAAGAGGUCCCCAUCAGGCUCCUCCACCUCCUCCUCGGGCUCCUCUGGCUGGGGGGGCAGGAAGCCCCCGCCCACCACCCCCCAGAAGGCCUCCAGCAUCAAGUCUAACUCCUCGGCUGAAUACCAGGAGUCACGCAAGAACCUUCUCAGCAAGUUUGCCCCCAAGUCCUCCUCGUCCCCCUCCACUUUCCCUUCCUUCCCUGCCGUAUCCUUCGGUAGUUCUCCCUCUAAGGACUCCUCCUCCCCGGCCGGCCCCCCGGCGCCCCCCAAGCCAGGCAAGCUGAACCUGGCCAACCUGCCCCUGGCCCUGCAGGCCAAAGUGGGUCAAGUGGGCCAGCAGCGCCAGUCCACCGCCGACAUCCCCUCCCCUCUGCCCGAGUGCGCCGUGGCCUACUUCCCCCCUCCCCCGCCGGCCUCUGAUCUCUUCCCCCCUCCCCCGCUGCCCAGUGACGGCCACGUCGGGGCACCUAAGGUGGCAGUGGUCAACCCCCAGCCGAAAGUACCCCCCGCCCCUCCUGGUCCCCCUCCCCCCUCCACCAUCAACUCCUCCUGGGGCAAGGGCUCCCUGAAGAAGGCCCCUCCCCCCACGCUGCAGCGGAACCAACCGCCUCCCCCGGCCCUGUCCCCGACUCCAAAGUUGCCCCUGCCCACCUCGCCCCCCAAGGGGAACAGCAACAACGGCACCCCCCAGCCGGGCAACUUCAUGGACGACCUGAACCAGACUCUGAAGCGCAAGUCGGUGAGCCGGCAGGGCUCGCUUUCCUCGUCCCGCCUCUCCGGCGCCAAGCUGGAGCCCGCCGCGGGCACCAUGGACGACAUGGAGUUGGCGCUGCCCCCUCCACCGCCCGAGUUGCUGUCGGGGGGGAACGUCUCAGGCUAUGCAACACUACGGCGGGGGCCCCCGCCGGCCCCACCCAAGAGGGGGGGCAACACCAAACUGACACAC